AGUCCAUCGCUAACUGCCGCUCCGAGAUUUCAAAGCGGCGUUGAACGCGCGGCAACCAAACAUUCACUCGUUCGCGUCGUGUAGGGCUAUAGACCGAACUAGUUUCCGGCUCGACCGGACCGCGACCGUAACACCUCCGCACCGAACCAGUGGAUUUAGGAUAUCGAAUCGGUGAAUGAACAGUGUCUAGUGUUGUGCUGCGUUUCAACGUUACCGGUAAUCGAUGCGUAUGGUGGCGUGACCCCGGGUUGAGACUCAUCAAUCCGCCGAGAUGUCGCAGCCGCCGCCGGGGCGAGGACGCGCUCGGGCCCCUUCAUCUCCCCUCAACUACCGUCCCCCCUCGCCAUGGGCUCCCAGUCCCCCGCCCAUCAUCUCGGGUCCACGGCACCCCGCUGCCAUCGUGACGCCUCCGCCGGUCCACCCGUCCCCGAAGCCGUUCCGUCCGCUCCACUCCCCCCACAAUCUGCGACAGCACUCGCCGUCCCCCAGCUCGCAUUUCUCGAUAUCCCCCUACCCGAUGUCCCCCACGCUGGGACAGAGUCCGGAAUAUUAUUAUUCUUCGCCUUACGAAGGCGUUCGCGAGUUCGAAUACGCGGGAGGACCGGAACUUCCUCCGCCUCCUCGUCCGAUGAUUUACGAGGAGGACGAAGAGGACCGGGGUCCGUCCACUGCGGAGAUCAUUGCCCAGCAGUCGCAAGAAGGAUACGUUGAUGAGAAGCUAGCCGAGUAUCAAGCGACGAUUCAGCUAUUGCAAGAUGAACAGGAAAGAGUACAAAAGAAAACUUUCGUCAAUUGGAUCAAUUCACAUUUAUCGAAGCGCAUUCCGCCACUGCGCAUCGAUGAUCUGAUCUACGACUUGCGAGAUGGAACGAGACUGCUGGCGCUGCUGGAAGUGCUAUCAGGGGAGAAGCUGCCAAUGGAGCGAGGUCGCGUGCUUCGUCGUCCGCAUUUCCUGUCCAAUGCGAAUACGGCGCUGCGCUUCCUCGCCGGGAAGAGAAUCAAGCUAGUGAACAUCAAUGCCGCGGAUCUGGUCGACGGGAGACCAGCUGUCGUCCUCGGACUGAUCUGGACCAUCAUUCUUUACUUCCAGAUUGAAGAAAACAGUCGGGCACUGGAAUACCUGGGCGGGUCACGAUGCGCCUCGGCUAUGUCUUACGAGUCUGGUGCGGCGACGCCCACGCAACGGGCUGAAGACAAGUGGAAGCAGGGAGCCAGGAAGACUUUACUGCAAUGGGUCGCCAAUGCCCUGCCUAAGGACUCCAACAUCCAAGUGACAGACUUCGGUCCGUCCUGGAGAGAUGGUAUCGCAUUCCUGGCCAUAAUUGAUGCUAUCAAAGCCAACCUCAUUAACUUGGCCGAAAUGAAAAGGAAGUCGAACAGACAAAGAUUGGAGCACGCUUUCGACGUUGCAGAAACCGAGCUGGGCAUAGCCAGGCUUCUGGAUGCGGAGGAUGUAGAUGUAGACAAACCAGACGAACGAUCCAUCAUGACAUAUGUAGCUCAGUUCCUUCAUAAAUACCCUGAACCGAAAACGACAGGGCCUGAUGCCGUAGCGGCAGUACAAGAGGAGUACGAAUCUCUUAGGAUGUGGCUAACUGAACGAGUCACCACGAUUCAAAGACAAUACGACUCGCGAACGCUCUCGCGAAACUACGAAGAUUACGUGCGUGCCGAAAACGACAGGCUCGCGCGCGAACCCAUAUACAACAAACUCGAAAAACUCAUGUACACACAGAGCUUAGUGGCGAUAGCACCCAAAUCAUGGCGUGAACUAGUCACUCUGUGGAUAGAAUUAGAAAGACUGCACAGAAAAUGGUUAUGGCUUUUGGAUUCGGAGUUGCCAGGCGAUUUCAGAAUAAUUGGCGAAUGGUUAGCGAAGGCCGAAUAUCUAUUGUAUUUCGAUGAAAUACCAACUAACUUAGACGAGGUAACCGCGGCUAUCAUCAGCCAGAAGUUGGAAGAGCACAGCGCGUUCUUUGCAGGUCUACCAGACGUAGUUGACAGAUUCGACGCCGCGUUGCGUUCACCCGACGCAUCUAGAAUACCGGGUGAAAGAUUACGGGAUAUGAGAGAUCGAUUGACGACUGUGAGUAGAAGAGCGCCUCAAAGGAAGGCCAGAUUAAAGUAUUUAGAACACAAAUGUUGCAUAGUUGCAUUCACGGAAUUGACGAAAGCUAAACUUGCCGCUUGGACUGGUAAAUAUGGUCGCAUAGACCACGUACGUGCCUUAUUAGAUGACUACGAUAAUUUUGUUACUAAAAAUAAAAUUUUCCAAGAAUUCGACAGAGCUUACGUAGAUAUUAAACAAGUAGCGGAUGAAUACAAGAGGGUUUGCGAAGUCGAUAGGACUGAGGCAAGAGAGAUUGAUCUGUUCCUCAAAGAUGUUGCGGAGACUUGGAAGCGGGUCGCUUCUGACGUCAGAUGCGCAAGGAGCGUUUUGGAGGAAGUCAUCGCCCACUGGGAGAGGUGGAAUAGCAUUUCCAAUGACUUUACCGUUUGGUUGGACAAAGCGCAACACAUGUUGAGAGUGUCUGAAGAUGAGCGACUAGAGUUUUUCCAAGAUCUCACUGUAUGGAAAGAGAAACACCUGCGUUUGGGCGAGGCUGCUGGUUUCCUCGCAGCCACGUGUUCUGAAGAUAUCAGCUCAGAGAUUAAGAGGAAAUAUGUAGAGAUCACAGAACGCUGGGAGCGAGUUUGGGAAGAAGCCGAACGCUAUGUACGAGGUGGCGAUGCACUCCGACACAGGCGUGAGUUAGCCAAUGGAGUCAGAACUUUGGACUCGUGGCUCACCAGCGCGGAGAAUCUUCUUAACAGACAGCCUCGGGCCAACACCGACGAUAUCCAGGCAUACAUUGACCAGCUGUUACAGCUGAACUCUGAAAUCGAACAGCACGAGGAAAUAUUUAAGAGCAUCAGCAGGACCUUCCAAACUGCGAUCGCCGAGAUGCCUCGAGAUGAGGUGGAAACCAACAUGACCAAAUUGAAACAGCAGAAGGAGGCCUUGGUCCGAGUGAGAGCCACGGUGCCCGUGAAGCUCCACCAGUACAGACAGCUGCUGGUGCAGCACGAGUCUUUGGAGAGUGGACAGAAGGAAAUUGGAUCUUGGUUAGACAGGGCUGAGGAGACCCUGAGGACGACCGGAGAAACCAGACGAGAAAUUAUAGAGGAGCGUUAUGAAAUCCAUCGAACGUUCUUCUCUCGCACCACCUACUACCGCUCCAUGCUGGAGAGCAAGAACAAGGUCUUCCAGAAUAUCGUCAAAUCCGCUGACACUGACAGGAGCGCUGACGUCUCUGACCAAGUCAAGAUUAUGAGGGAUCUUAAUGAAAGAUUUGCGCACGUAUCAUCAGAGGCCACUCGCCAAGAGGCGGCCCUACAGCAUUUAGUCCGAGCUUGGGAUGAAUUCGAAUCGAAGAAGAGAGUCGUUGAAGAAUGGGCAUCUAGAGCCGAGGCACUGCUCGCUGAUAACAGAGUCGAUACGAAACAAGCCGUCGACUUCCACAAGAGGUUCUUCCAAGGCGCAGACGAGAGAGCCGUUUCUGAACUUGUCAGAUCUGGACGUGAACUUAUUGAGUUGGUGAACGAGGAAGAUCGUCCUCGUAUUGUCCACACCGUUGAGGACCUUCAGCGUCGGUGGCGAGAGCUCCUAGACAAGGCUCCCCCACAUCUCAUGCGGUUGGAGUUCAAACUCGACGAAGCUGUCUUCCACCAUUGCAUCAAGGAUAUUGAAAAAGAGAUUGCUUAUGAAGAACAGGCCUACAACCAGAGCGACGAUGCUGACGGAAUCCUCAUAAGAAACGAAGAGUACUUCCGUAACCAAGGCAAGGUCAUGCAGGUCGAGCACUGCCUACAGAACUUGAAGAAGAUCUCCACUAGCUACACGCAUCAAACCAGAGACACCAGCCUCGAAGAAGCCGUCAAGAAAUGUGAACAGGAGUGGGAGAGUACUGUCCACCGUGUUGAAAACUUCAGACAGCAGUUGCAAAGGAUUCCAGCUAAAUGGGACGCGUAUAGAGAUAAGUUCCGGGAGAUGGAGCGAUGGAUGGAUCACGUUGACAAGACCAUGGACAGCAUCGUGAGGGAGGUUGAUUCAGCUGAAGCAUUCGAAAGAGAAAAGACUAUAUUCCAGAACAUUUGCCGUGAAGCGGAUAAGAAACGCGAAGACAUGAAAUGGCUCGUACAAACAUUAGACAUGCUCACCAAUCACUGUUCAGAGGUUGAAGCUCAAGAAGAACAGAUAAGACUUGAAAACCUCAUAGCGAGAUAUAAAAACUUAAUACCCACUAUAGAAAUUACAAUGAUCAAGACUGAAACUUACACACGAUGCUACACUUACCGUCGCGAGGUACAUGAAGUUAUCUGCAUCCUUGAAAGUGCGAAAGAGCAGGCCAUGAUUGAGCCCGAACCUCAAACUCUGCAGCACGUGGAACAGCUUGUCCUAGAACAACAAACAGCUGUUCAGAAACUCGACCGUCAAAGACCGUCAGUUAUGUCCAUGCUUCAAAGAGGCAAGGAACUCAUCAAGGAUGCUAACGCUCCUGCUUUCGUUCGGGAAGAUGUCAGGACUCUUGAGACUGGCUGGAACACAGCCUACGAGACAUCGAAUGAUCGUCUUCAUAAGCUCAAAGACACACAAAAAGUUUGGUCUAAUUAUGAAUAUCAAAAGGAAGAACUACUGUCAGAUCUGGAUAAAAUCGAGAAUUACGUGGUCCACCCUGGCCUCGAACUCGGUGUCACGAAUAUCGGACGUGAACUCCAAGAAACUAAAGUAUUAAGUGUCGACUUGGAGAAAGCAAAGACAGAGAAGCUGCCUCAAUUACAGCAAGCUUACUCUGAACUUCGAUCACUCACGGCCAAUAAACCGAAACCUGUUAUCGAAAAGGAUCUUGAAAAAAUUGAAUGUAAAUUGGAAAAAGUACAAGACGAAGUACAAACCAAAGUGGUUCAUUUGGAGAAAGUUAAUCAGGAAUGGGUUAAAAUUGAACACAAACUAGAACAUGUUCGGGAAUGGAUCAAAAAGGAAAGUCCCGCAUUGAUAUCUGAAAUUCGUUCAGAAAACAUCACACCUGAAGAAAAAGUGGAAAAGUCUCAGGCAUUACAGAAAAUAAUUUCAGAAAAACUUGAAACGAUCAAAGGUGUCGCUGACGAAGGUCAAAAGCUGGCAGUCGAACAUCGCAUACAAGACGCCACAAGACUUAAAGGCGAAAUCUCAGUAUUAGAAAAGAUGAUGGCUGAUCUACAAAGAUCUACAGAACAUCAAACGAAAGUAGUUGAACAUGACUUAGCCAGCUGGCAGAGAUAUCAGAAGGGCGUAGUAGAAAUCAAACCAUGGAUCGAAGAAGCUGAAAUUAAACUGGGUAACGUUCCUAAACCUAGCACUUUACCCGAAGCUCAGCAAUUGCAACAGCAAUCCAGAGCACUGAUCUCGGAUUGUGACAAGCAACUGACUAAUUUGCAAAUUCUAUCCAGUGUCAGUCACCAAUUAUCAGGAAAGACAAGUGCACCCGAUGAAGUUGACGCUAUUCACUCUCGUUGGGCCGUUGUCCAUGAUCUUGCUGAUCAAUGGCAUAACAAGCUUGAUAAACUCGUUACCAACUGGGAGAAUUUCGAACGCGAAGCACAAAAAUUAGAAACUUGGAUUGAAAAUGGUGAAAAACUUCUCAACAGUCGAAGCGUGUCGAUCGACACUCCGCAAGUGGAAAAACUUGAUCGAGAAUUAAAUAAGCUCAAGUCAUUUGGUAACGAGAUUUCUCAGCAACAAGCUAAAAUUAUCAGUCUUUCUCAAACUUGCGAUAACAUCUGUCACAAUAUUCAGCCUGAAGGCGCUACUGUUUUGAAAAACAAAGUGGCCGAUAUCAAACAACGUACAAAUAACAUAGCAGAAACUGUCAGGACUAAAGUAAAUGAGCUAUCAGACAAAAUCAUUAUCCGACAGGAAUUCAUGACCAAACUUCAUAGCUUUGAUAAUUGGAUUACUGAUUUUCGAAGGAAAACAGAAAGCUACGAUCAGAUCGGCGCUGAUAAAGUGGAACCCACUCUGCAGUCCAUGCACGUUCUUUUGCAAGAACACGCUGCCAAGGAGCCAGAGUUCAAUGAAAUUUACAAUGAAAUCAAGAAUAUGACUCUUGCAUCUCAUCCAGAUGAAUCGAGGUCACUAAGUGAGACAUACUCGAACAUUGCACAACACUAUCAAAUAAUUGAAAACAAUAUACAGCAGAACAAGGGCAUUUUACAAAAAUGGUCGGAACUUCUUAAUUGGUACGAUGAUACUAAGCAACAAUUGGGCCAUGUCCAAUACCAAAUUGAAGGACCGAAGCUAGCAUCAGAGAAAUAUGAAGUUUUAAGACAAGAGCUCGUAAAUGUUAUUACAAAAAUUCCCGAAUGGAAGAGUAAUGUUGCUUUAUUAGACGGCCCAUCGAAAGUAAAAGUGACAGAUCAAAAUACAGGCAGAAUUAUGUCACCAACGAGCUUAGUUAAAGAAAUAGAGACGAAAGCCGAAGCACUAUUAAAUCAAGUUACAACAAAAAGAGAUUUAGUUCAAAAAGUUGGUGCACGUUGGGACAAAUUCAAUCUUCAGCAUAACGCACUUCAAGAAGUGUUACAUAAUGUUCAAUCCGUCCUUAGUGAAAUGGCACAAAAACUAAUGCCAUUGACCGAAGCAACUAUACAAGAUAUGACAGAACAGUUAGACAAAGUUGAUUCUGAAUUAAAAGAAAAACAAUCAGUGAGAAAAGAACUAAGAGAAGAGGGCUUGCAUCUAAUGAGAGAGGACCAACCCAAUAUGGGUACUAUUCAAAAUGCUCUAGCUACAGCUGAUCACAAUUGGGAUCAAGUUGUAAAUGUAGUUCGAGACACUAAAAACAAGUACAUAUUGUUAUCAUCAACUUUGCAAGAAUUGAAAAACUUUACUGUCGCUUUUGACAGAGAAUUCAACAGAGCUGAGCAACUUUACAAUGAAUGUAAAGAUGCACCCAACGAUUAUGUUGAGACCGCACAAUCACUGGACAGAGCAAAGAAAUCUUACGAAAUCCUUAAGAGAUCUAAAGGUUUGCUAGAUCAAAUGGAAGUCAUUAAACAGUCGGUGCUUCAACAGGCCUCAAGUUUAGGAGGCUUUGAUACAACCCCGUUAGAAGAGGCAUUUACACACUCACAAAAUAAGUGGGAGAAAAUGAAUGAUGCUGCGAUUAAAAGGAUACAAGACCUUGAAUCUCAACUUUUGGUUUGGAGACAAAUUGAUGAUACCAAGAACCAAGUGGUCACAUGGUUAAGCGAAACUGGACAAAAUUUGGCUAAUGCAUGUGAUAAUUUGGAAAUAAGAUUCGGCCAAAGCCAUCUUACAAAAUACAAGGAGGAACUACCUUUGUACCAAGGACUGAAGAAUAGCAUCAAAGCUAAAUGCGAACAAAUAACAAACUUGAACAAAAACAUUCCAGCAGGUCAAGUAAACUCUAUUAUUGAUUACCUAGACAACGAAUUCGUAGCAUUGCAGUCGCUAGCAGACAAUUUAGAAAGUGCUCUGUCUUCUCUGGAAAGUAAAGAAACAAAACUUAAAGAUAAAAUAAAACAAUUGUCCGAUAAAAUCAGUAAAGUUCGUGAUGAUAUCAUUAAAUGUGAUGAUAUGACUGGUGAUAAUGCGAAAAUAUUAGACAGGUUGAAAAAAUGUCAGAUUUGUAAAGGACAACUUCAAGAAUUGAAUGACGAAAUUGAUAAUCUAAGUCAAAAUGUGUCUGAACUAAACGACAAUUAUCCUGGCUUCUAUGAAUCAUUAGUACCAAAGGAAUUAAGUACGCUACAGAAAAGAUUUGAAAGCGUACUCGUACAUGCCAAUAAAACAGAAAUUACCUUACUGACGUUCUUACAAAAAUCAUUUACAGACAAGCUCGCUAUGUUCAACAGAAACCUAAAAAUUCUAGACGAUAAAACCAGGUGGUGUAUGCCUGAUGUCAGUAGCGAUAAAUAUAAUCUGGAAGUUAAAAAUGCUGCAUUAGCUGACGUCGAAAGUGGAAUUGCUGAAUGUAAAUCUAAAGUAAGUGAGCUUAAAGAAGCCAGUGACAUAUUAAAAAUAGUAGCGGAGCCUGCGUGUGCACAAGAAGCUGCUCAACAAACGGAAAAAGCCAAGAAAAAUCUCGAAGUCCUCUCCGCUAACUGCGAUGAAAUCAAAAACAGACUUAAGGAAAAUAUUGAAGCCUGGCAAGACUAUGAAAACCUAAUGGAAUCAGUUUCAGAAUGGUUAAAGGAAAAAGAAAACAAAAUGAGACUAGAAGCUGCAAAUCUCGUAGAAUUAAACGAAGUUGACAGUAAAAUUGCUGAAACAGAAAAAAUCAACACAGAAAUUAAAAACUACAGCAAGCAAAUAUCAAAGUUAACCGAAACCGGUGAUAAAAUACUUGCACGAAAUCCUGAUUCUCGAAUAUUACAAUACAUUAAUCACUUGGCUACAAGAUACCAAGCCAUAGCACGAUUCAUGGACAGUCAUCUCAACAGACUUAAAGAAUCUAAAGAUAAUAAGGAUAAGUAUAAUAAAUCAGUAACAGAUUUUAAAAACUGGCUUCAAGAUGCCAACGCUCGUAUAAAAGAUUUAGCAGUCAUGAGCAAACACGCAAAACCAACCUCUGCUGACUUACAACAAGUCAAGAAGUUAAGUGAAAAUAAGGAUGUCGGCCAAAAGUUGCUCAAUAGUGCUAUUGAGUCAGGUGAAGCUCUAUUCAGCGGCAUCACUCCUGAAGGACGUGAACAAAUCCGCAAUGAAUUAAGAACACUGAGAGAUUAUUUCGAAGAUUCCGUUGAUUCUCUGAACAAUGUCAUCAAAGAUAUUGAAACUACAAUAAACAAGAGAUCGUCGUUCGACGAUACAUUUAAUCAAGUUCAAAAAUGGAUAAGCGAAAAAGAAAAUGAGUUGGGAGAGUUUAAACUCUGUCCCACUCUGCCAGAAAAGAAGGCGCAACUUCAUUCUAAUAAAAUACUACAUCAAGAAGUGGAACUCCAUGAAUCUAUGUUAAUUCAGCUGACUGAGAAAUUGAAGCUGAUGCCAGACGAAGAAUCAGAAAAGAGUCUUAACAAGAUUGUUGAACGAUACAGAAACACGGCUAAAGAACUAGAAAAAAGAGUUUUAACAACACAAGGACAUGUCGCUGCUCACGAAAGAUAUGUACAAAUGUUUGAAGAUGUACGUGAUCGUCUUAAUCACAUUUUAGCCGAAAGCAGCAUGUUAAAUUAUGGGGUGGUCUCUCAAAAAGAAGAUGCAGAUGCUAAAAUUGCUGCCAUCGAGAAAGUGACAGCCAAAACUAAAGAUAUAGAAUCUGUAUUGGGAGGACUUAAGUCCCAAUUAGAUACAGUUUUAGAAACCACAAGCGUAAAUGGUCAUCCAGUUCUGAUCAAUGAAUAUGAACAACUAAAAACAACAUGGAAUCAAUUUUCUAAACAAUGCAAAGAGCAAGAUAAGAAAUUAAAGGAAACUCUAAAACAAUGGACUGAGAAUCAAAAGACACUGGAUGAGCUUGAAGAGUGGUUAAAGGUUAAAGAAAACCAAGUGAGAGAUCAAAGCCUCAAAAGUAAUCUGGAAGCUAAAGUUGCUCACCUACAGAAAGUCAAAGAAUUACAAGCAGAACUCGGAUCUAAAAGCGCUGAUUUUGCUGCUUUGACUGACACUAAACAAACUGUAGCAAAUGAAUCUGAUCUCACAAAUAAAACGUCAAAAUUGGCUACUAGAUAUCAUACUCUAAGCAAUCUCGUUAAUGAAAUAAUAUCGAAAUAUGAGGUAUUUGUAUCAGAACAUCAAGCUUUUGAAAAUGAAUAUAAUGGAAUGGAAUCUUGGCUCAAUAAUAUGCUAGGUGACCUCCAAGACUUAAACGAAAUAGUAGGGGACUAUGCAGUUCUACAAGAAAAACAAAAUAAGGCAAAAGAGCUUUAUGAAACACGUAAUAAGAAGACUCCUACUUUUGAAGAAUUCUUAAGCUUAGGAGAAAAACUUUACACUCAUACAAGUCCGGAUGGUAGAGAAGUGAUCCGCCAAAAGAUUCGCAAAAUAAGAACGCUGUGGGACAGCUUCGGUGACAGUUUCCAUGAGACCGUUAACAAGCUGGAUCAAUGUCUUCUUCAAUUUUCUGACUUUUCCUUAGCACAGGAACAGCUCACGAAAUGGUUGAAAGAUGUCGAACGUGCUAUGCAGCGUCACACUGAAUUGAAGGCCUCUUUAGAAGAAAAGAAAGCGCAAUUGCAGAAUCACAAAAUCAUGCAUCAAGAAAUAAUGACACAUCAACAGUUAGUCGAGUCUGUCUGUGAUAAAGCGCAACAGCUUGUUGAUCAGACACACGACGCUUCUUUGAACGUGUACUUGCAAUCCAUCAAACAACUGUUCCAAAAUAUUGUGACUAAAUCGCAAAAUCUACAAGAUAACUUAGAAGAUUGCGUUAAAAGGCAUGAAGAUUUGGUACGUCUUAUACAGCAGUAUAAAGAAUGGCUGGGUUCACAAUCUGAGAAACUGAUUGACAUUGAAAAUGCGACCGGAGAAAAGCCUGAAAUAAUAAGGAAAUUGCAAACUGCUGUAGCUUUGAAGGAAAUAGAAAAGAUCGGUUCCAGCAAACUAGAUGACAUCCGAUCGGCAUUUUCAGCUGUGAGCAAAAGCACCUCUGAGGCUGGAAACACUGCCAUUAAAUCGGAAAUAGACAACCUACAUGAUCAACUACGAAAUGCUGUACAAAGCAUUGGGUCAUCUGAACAAAAACUAAAGAACACAUUGGAAAUUUGGAAUAAAUUUGAUUCAUCAAUCGAAUCCAUUACUGAGUGGUUGAAGGAAAUGGAAACUAAAUGUCGAGAUCAAAGUCUCUGCUCAACAUUGGAGGAAAAGGAAGAACAAUUAAAACGAUAUGUAGAUCUGCGCAAUGAGAUUAACAACAAGGAAAAAGAAAUGGAUGCAUUCGUUGACGAAUCACAUAGCUUAAUUCAAAUGAGUGGUGUUGAGCGCCUGAAACCACUGGUCACGCAAGUUAGCAGCCGUUAUCAACAACUACACUUAAUUUCUAAAGAAAUCGUCACACAUUGGUCAGAGCUAGUUACUGAUCACAAGAAGUACGUCCAGUCACGUAACGAAUUCGAUGCUUGGCUUAAGCCUUUAGAAGAACAACUUUCUCAAAUGGUUACGAAAGAAGACAAAAUGAGCAUAGAAAGCAAAGGCAAUAAGCUUCAAGUAUUCUUGUUGGAAAGAGAUAACGGUGAACACAAGAUAGGUGCUUUGACUACAGCAGGUGAUAAAGUACUGCCCGAAACAGCAGCUAAUGGCAGGGAAAAUAUUCGUGGUGAAAUCAGGGCAUUACGUGAGAGAUGGGAUAAAUUUAACGAUGCUAUACAACAACAACAAAAAGAAUACGAAUCUCAAACGCUACAGUGGUCAAGCUACCAAGAUGUGCUUCAACAGACGCUUUCUUGGUUAGAUGAAAAAGAAAAAAUUGUUGAUGCCGAAGAAAAAGCAAUCCUCAACUCAGCCCAAGAAAUCAAAUCAAAGCUCCUCAAGAACAAAACUUUGCUUCAAGAAAUUGGAUCGCACAAACGAGUCAUUGAAACGGUCACAGAAAAAGCAAAAAGCGUGGCUGCUAGUUUGCAUUCGGGCAAAGCAGAAAGUGACGAAAUGACAAAAAUAAUUAAAUCAGUAUGGGACAGAUACAAUGCUUUAACAAACAGACUUACGGCUAUAAUCGAUAAGCACGAAGGAACCUUCGAAAUUUACCAGCAAUUUGUGGACCAACAAAAGUCUCUACAAGAAUACCAAAAGAAUUUAUGGGAUCGUUUGCAUCUCCUAUCUGAUUUCACAGGUAAUAAGGCAGCUUUACAGAGUAAAUUAUCUAAAAUUCAAGAACUUUUAGACGCUAUUCCAACCGGCAAUAACAAACUGAAGAUUCUGUCAGAUUUGAUUGAAAAUAAUAGUUCUAAGCUGUCACCGAGAGGCAAAGAAGGUAUGUCCCGCGAGCUCGGUCUUCUGAAGGCCGAUUUGGAAAAAUUCACUGCCACAGUACAUGAAGUAAGACGUGGCAUUGAAGACAAGAUUCAGCAGUGGAUUGAAUUUGACAGUGCCAACGAUCGUCUUCAACGUUGGCUGAGUGACACUGAAAUGACUUUGAAAACGUACACACCCAAAGCAACACUUGAAGAAAAAGUUGAUCAACUAAAUAAAUAUCAGGAUUUGUGUAAAGCGAUUGAAAUUCACGAAAACGAUUUGAGCCCUGUCAUUGUUUUGGGUGAAGCGUUGGAUCAAGCUAUAUUAGCUAAUCUAAAGAAGACCGAAAAUGACGUUGAUAAAUUGACGGAUGAGUUCAGUGACCUCAUUGAAAACUGCAAUGAUACAAGAAUUACGAUGAAUUUACAACAAAUGACGUCACGAUUCCAAUCCGUACAAUCGACCGCGAAGGAGCUGGUCAAGAAAUGUGAACAAGCCGUCAACGAUCACAACGCUUAUCAAGAAAAAUACAAUCAGUGUGUUGCUUGGUUGAAAGCCGCUCAACAAAAGUUCAACGAAUGCAAUGAAAACUUAUCUAAUACACCUGAAGGUAUUAGUGCUAAAAGGGAAAGCCUCAAUGAUUUGUUAAGUCAAAGAAGAAACGCUACUCUCUUGGUUAACAAUACUUCUGAAUUAGGAGAGAAGCUAUACCCAUCAACUUCCCCUGAAGGUAAGGAAAUCAUCGAGCAACAACUGCAAGAGAUUCAACAAGCCAUUGAUAAUCUGUACGACAACAUUACAAAGGCCGAGAGGGACUUGGAUUCCGAAUUGAACAAAUGGUCAUCAUUCGAAGACAAUUUAAAAGCGGUUAAACAAUGGCUGACUCUAGCCGAAAAGAAUUUGCCAAAAGAAAUUGAAUUGAAAGCAACGUUGGAUGAGAAACGAAAUCAACUGAAUGUUUAUAGAACGUUUUUGCAAGACGCCAUUGCUCACCAGCAAGAUAUAGCUGAUCUUGAAGCUCGCAUGCAAAACCUGCCUGAUGUUAGCAAAAAUAUAACCAAGGAAAUCAACCAGCUUAAACAGAGACAUGAGACUGUUCUAAAACGCGCUAAGUCUUUCGUUGAACAAUAUGAAGCAAUUGUCAACAACCACCAACAGUACACCAAGGCUGUCAAAGAUCUAGAAGAAUGGGUGGAGGCAACUCACAACACUGCCCAGCUGUGGGGUGACGUUAACUUAGAGCGCGUGGCUUUGAGCAGCAAUUGUGAAAAACUAAAAUCAUUACAAGUCAACUUACCAGAAGAAAAGAGUCGUAUUGACAAGAUCCGAUCGUUGGGUGAAAAAGUACUUCCAGGUACAAUAACCAACGGCCAAGCGAAUAUUAGAAAUCAAGUAGACGCUUCUCAUCAAGAAUGGGAAGGACUUGUAUCUUUUAUCAACAAGACUAUCGAGGCGUUGGAAAAUAAGAUACAGCAAUGGAAUGAAUAUGAGAACAUGAAAGACCAAUGUUUGACUUGGAUCCGAAACACUGAUACGCAAAUUCACGCCGUGGACUUGAAGGCAACUUUGCCUGAGAAACAAGAACAGUUCAAGAAAUUCCAAGAACUUCAAGGUGAAGUUAGAGCCAAGGAAUUAGAAAUUGAUAAUAUCACUGAAAAAGCACAAAAUCUGUAUACCGGAGUAUUAGGACCGCGCGGCUCUCAGAUAUCUGACUUAUCGGUGAAAUAUCAAACACUGUCACAGAAAGUAAAAGAUCUGACUAACAGAUGGCAGCAGUAUGUUAAAACACAUCAAGAAUUCUCGAGUAACGUAACCGAAUGCUCGCAGUGGAUAGAAGAAUUGAGAGACAAAUUAGACUUCUGUGCCGACUUAAGUUCAUGUUCCCAAGAUGACUUAGAAACCAAACUUGUCCUGAUUCAAAAUCUAUUACUAACGAAGGACGAAGGAUUUACUAAAGUACAGUCAUUGGUUGAGUUAGCACAGAAUGUAUUGGCUAAUACUGCCCCAGCCGGACAUGAAGCUAUCAACAAUUCUCUUGUUGCACUACAAGAACAAUGGUCUGCUUUACUCUCGAGAAUGAUUGAAACCAAAAACAUUCUAGAUGAUUCCGUAACGAAAUGGGCUGGAUUCUUGGAACAAAUACAACUUAUCGAAAAAAGCAACUCCUGGCUUGAAAAUAUGCUAGCCGAAUUAACACCGUUUGAAUCUUCUAUGUCUGAUAAACGGGCACAACUAGAGAAACUUAAAGAAGUUGAAGAGAAAGCAAGAUGUGAUCGAAUAGACGUCGAUACACUGAAAGCUAAAGCUGCUGAAAUGCUUGCAAGUGGACAGCAAAAUCAAGUCGCUUCUAAAGCUCAAGAAACAUUGAACAAAUUUGACAAUCUUUAUGAUAAGAUUAAAAAACUUUUAGCCGACCGUGAAGAGCAAUACAAAGAUCACAGGCUCUACAAAGAAGCUCAUGACGAAUUAAUACAGUGGUUAAGCAGAGCAAGGGAAAAGGUACCAUCAUUAAAAUCCAAACCACUUAGUGACAAGUUAGCGAUUGAAAACUCUGUAGCACCUCUUGAUGCUCUGAUUAACAAGCAAGCCCAAGGAGAGCUAUUACUCGAACAUCUCCAGCAUACUGGAGAAGUUGUGCUCGCCAGUACAUCACCACAAGGACAAACUGUCAUCAAGAAUGAAAUGAAGGCCCUCAAAGAGAGCUUCGAUGAUCUCUUCAACGAAAUCAAAAAACAAAAAAGUCAACUCGAAGAGACAGUUAAUCAAUGGCGCGAAUACAAGGAUGAGUAUGAAAGAUUGUCAGACUGGCUAGCUCAAAAAGAAAUUCUUAUAAAGAACCACAAGCUAGCUCUGCUUGGUACAGCUAAAGAAAAGGGAGCGCAGGUAAAUGAAGUUCAAGAAAUAGUUCACCAAUUGAAUAAGGGUAAAGAAGACAUUGACAAUUUCAACGCUUCAGCUUCUGGGUUGCUUGCUUCGCAUCUUGAUACAUACGUUAAUAACCAAUUGAGGCACCUCAAUUCAAGGUAUCAAGUACUUGUUAAUAUGGCCAACGACGUCCUAAAGAAAGUGGAAACUAAUUACGAACAACACCAGAAUUAUGAUGAUAACUAUUCCAAGACUAAGAAGUGGAUUGAUGACGCCUGGGAUAUCAUACGUAGUGGAAGCGAAGCAGGUAGCGACAGUAGCAAAGAGGCAUUGCAAAAACGACUCAAUAAAAUCGAAGACUUAUUGAAGCGCAGAGAAGAAGGUCAAAAUCUUGUACAUGCCACCGUGAACAGUGGGGAAAAAGUUCUUAGGAACACUAGAUCUGACGGCAAAGACAGAAUCAAUACAGAGAUCAGAGAGUUACAAAAUGAAUGGGAUCGCCUUGUCAAGAAGAUGACAACAGCUAAAGUACACCUUGAGACUUCUUUACUCCAAUGGGCCGAUUACAGUUCCAGUUAUUCACAAUUACAGCAAUGGAUCUCAGAUAGAGAAGCCAAACUACAAGAAGUGUGUGAACAAAAGGUCGCUAAAUCUAAAAAGGGACAAGAUCGUCUCGCCGGCUUGACAACAGGCCUUAGUUUAGGUGAAAGAAAAGCGACCCUCCGUCAAACAAACAAUAUUGUGCAAGAUAUAGUUUCGUUUGAGCCCAUGAUUCAGUCUGUAACUUCUAAGGCUUCGGAACUUAUGCAGCAGGCUCCGGCGUCCGAGAUUACCAGCAAAUACGAAACGCUAUCGAAACAAGCUAAAGACUUGUACGAAAAACAAAGAGAGACAGUAGAACAGCACCAAGCGUUUAUAGACGCUGGCUCAGACUUCGUCCAAUGGAUAAGGGCCGCUAAAGAAAGACUCAGUAAGUGUUCUGAAGCCACCGGAGACAAGGAGUCACUGAGCAGCAAGAUUUCACAGCUUAAAGUAUUGGAAAGCGAACUGCCCGAAGGCCAGGCUAAAUUGCAAAAAGCACUAGAACAAGGGGAGAUAUCUUGCGGCUUAGCUGACGAUGACGACCGAGAAGACAUCGAAGAAGAAGUGGCUCUUAUGCAAGAAGAGUACGAUACCUAUGUCGAACAACUAAACAACACGAAAGCACUGAUCGAAGGAGGUAUCGUGAAAUGGACAGAGUACGAGGAGCAGUAUAAGGAAGCCUUAGAUUGGUUGUCGAAGACUGAAAAACUAGUUCAAUCAUUCAACAAACUGCAGAAUAAUUUGGAACAGAAGAAGGUCGUCCUUGAAGAGUUCCAGGGACAUUUACAAACACUGUUCGACUGGCAAGCCGAGCUGGAUAAGCUGAAUGUUCGAGCUCAAACACUAUUGGAAACCUGUGCUGACACGAGAAUCUCAAACGGGAUCACCCAGCUUACAACCAAAUACAAUGCAUUAUUGUCUUUAGCCAAGGAAGUCAUGAAGAGAUUGGAACUUCAUUAUCAGGAACAUCAACAACAUAACGCCCUGUACAGUGAAUGUCAAGAUUGGCUGGAUAGAACACGCGACAAGCUCAACCAAUGCGCCGAAAUACCGAACACACUCCAAGAAGUUAACAACAAAUUGAAUACCGUGAAACUCCUGCGCCAAUCCUUGGAGCAAGGCCAGAAUAAGUUGAGAUAUCUCCUAGAGUUAAAGGAGAAGGUAAUAAUGAACACGGAACAAGCAGGAGCAGCGAAGAUACAAGAAGACACCGACAGCCUGAAAGUGGAGUUCGAUAAACUCAUCGCUGAUUUGCAAGAUGUGCGCAAUAAAUUGACAAGUAGAGCAGCGCAAUUUGAUGACAUUUCAAAGAUCCACAAGCUCUUAGUCGAAUGGUUGGAUGACAUCGACCAAAAGAUACAAUCCGACGACUCACUACUGAACGACCUGUCUGAGAAGAAAGCUAAGCUAGAGAAAUUCAGGACGUUCAGUAGAGACAUUGAAUCUCACAGUGAUCUUGUAAAGAAAAUAAACGAGAAACUUCAAGAGGACGCUUCGCUUAAAUCUAAAGACAUUGAGGAUACAUUGAAACGAUAUGAUGACAUUAAAAAAACAGUCAGUGAAAUGAUCGCGAAAUUGGAAGAUUACGUCAACUCUCACAUACAAUACAAGGAAUCUUACGACAACUUCUACGAUUGGAUCCGCAACUGUAAGAUCGAAAUUCAACAAUGUUCCGACUCGCACGGCGAGAAGGAUUCCGUACAAAAGAAACUUAACAAAGUCAAGAAGAUCAUCGAAGCUUUACCUAAAGGAGAAGCAUUAUUGCAAAAAGCAAUUAAGCUUAGCGAAGCAGUUCUUGAAACGACUGGUAAUGAAGGCAAGGACAGUAUUAAUCAAGAGAUUAAACAACUGAAGAUCGAAUGGGAAAACCUGCAACAGAUUUGCAAGGACACCAAGAAACUACUUGAAAAGUGUUUGUCCGCUUGGUCUGAUUAUUUGGAGACGUCGGAGAAGAUGAGCAAGUGGGUAAAAGAGUUCGAUGGGAAACUGAAGACUGUUGAAAAAGUGGAUAAGAUCACACCUGAACAUCUGGAGAAAUGCCGGGAAUUGCUUUCCGAGGCACUUGGCCAUAAGCACGUUCUAGAAGAACUUAACGACAGAUGUGAAAAUUUGAUGGAACAAAGCGCCUGUGCUUGGGUUCGAGACAAAACAGUGAACCUUCAAACCGAAUACACUACUCUACUCACCAAAAUUCAAGGUCUCGUUUCGAAUGGAGAGAAAAACCUUUCUGAUCACACGGAAUUUAUCAAAGCAAAGGAAGAUCUACAGAAAUGGCUGGAGACAGCUCAUGGAACUGUUCAUGAUUCAAUUGGAGUUGGUGAUAUCGAAACCACGAAAGACAAACUUGAGACUGUCAAGCUUGUCAACAACAGAAUGACUGAAGGACAUCAUCUGCUAGUUGUCUUACAAGAAGCUUUCAAGAAAGCCCUUAAUAACACCCCUCCAGAAGAACAAGAUGGUCUGCGGGACGACGUCAAAAUUCUCCAAGAGAGCUGGGAUCAAUUAAAAAUUGACCUCAACUCUAUUACAGCACAGCUCAAAGCUGCUAUCGGUAAAUGGGAAGAUUUCGAAGAAAGUAAAAAUAAGAUUAAUAACUGGAUUAAAGACACCGAGCAGAAUUUGGACAAAGUACCUCCCACUGGCGGUGAAUUAGGUGAAAUGAAGACUUUGCUAGAGAAAUACAAACACAUUGAAGAAGAGAUCGAUAAUAAAAAACCAGAAUUACAAAGACUUAAAGACGAGGCCGCUGAACUCAGUGGCUGGGCCAAGAAGCCUGCCGUUAAAGACUCUGUAACAGAAAUCGAGAAGAAAUGUGAAGCUCUACGAACUAAAUGCGCAGCAAAGAAAGCGGAGCUAGAGAACGAAAUCAAAGACUACAACCAAUACCACCAGUCGCUGCAAGACACCGAAAAAUGGCUGUUACAAAUCUCUUUCCAACUUAUGGCCCACAAUUCUCUAUACAUUGCUAACAGAGAACAAACAGAGGAACAGCUGGCCCAGCACGCCGUGUUACUAGAUGAUAUCCAAAAGUACAGGUCGACCCUUGAUGAGCUGGAAGGCAAGGGUCGCGCUCAGAUCGAGCGUUAUGAAGCUACUACUCCGGCUAUUCGUGACACAGUUGGAAAACAACUAAAGAAUGUUAACGACAGCCACAAGUCCUUACUCGCCACAGCGCUACAGAUCGAGAGGCGUCUCAGGGAAGGAUUGGCGAAAUUCAAGGAAUAUGAGGACACAUUGGAGAGCAUUUUGAACAAUUUGGACGAAUGCGAACCGGCCAUUACGGAGUUGGACGUGCCCGUUGAUGGACUAUCUCACGGAAGGGAUUUGCUUGACAAAGCCAGGACUCUCCACAAUCGUCUCCAAACCGAGAAGAGUCGUCUAUCCGCAGCGGUGGCAGCAUGCUCUGCUGCAGCCGCCUCCGUGUCCCGACCCUCGUCUCCGGCCGAUACCGCACCGCUGCCCAUUCCUCCAAGAGAGCUCCACGUAAGAGCUCGUCUGGAGGAUCUCAUUGACCAGACACAUGUGAGCGAUGUAGGGGCAGGUCCGCGAAUACACGAACUAUUAAAGAGCAUUGAGACGAGCGAAUUCUCUGAGAAACUCAUUAGUUUCGAACAGAAGGUCCAAAGCCACCUGGAGACUCUUGGAGACGCAGUUCACGGCAUGGAAGAAGCCAUGAAACAGGUCCUUGAAAUUCAAGAAUGGAUCAACAUUCACAACGCCCUCGCCCGUGAUUGGCUCGCCAAUCCCUCCAAAUUGAGGCCCGAAGCAGCCAAACAAGACAUGGCGGCAAUGAGUGACGCCCUAGUGUCACUUGGCGAGAAGAGAAACAGAUUGCUCACCGAAAUUCCUACUGAAGGUCUUGAAGAUGAAAUCAAUUUGGAAGAGGAGCUUGACGAUCUGGAAGAAGCUAUAGGUAAAGCUAUUGAGCGCGAAAAGGCGAACCAAGGCACCAUCGACGAUUUCCGUCACAAGUGUCAAGAGAUCCACGACUGGUUUGAUUCGGUUCUGAAGAAGAUGUGCCUGGCCGACAAAGGGUCUGGUCUGCCUUGCCCUCAGAAACUAGUUGCUCUAAACGAGCUGUCAUCAGAGUUCGGACAAGCCGGAAAAGAGAAAGUGGAUAAUAUAAAGGUUGUCGGAACUCUUGUCAUCAACAUCGUCAGCAAUCUGGAGUCACAGCAAGUUGAGGAACAAAUGAAGUCUGUAGAACGUCGCUACAACGACAUCGCUAAACGCAUUCAACGUAAACUUCAAAUGCUCGAAAUCACUCACAAAGCCAUCGACGGCACAAAGAAGGAAGUCGCCGCGCAAAAUGAAUGGCUCCAGAAAGAGAUUGAUAAUCUUCUUCACCCAGAGCCUUUGGGUUACGAGAGCAAGUCCGUUAAAGAAAGACAGAAGAAGGUUGCCAAUUUGUUGAAGGAGACAGACGGUAAGAAAACCGUCAUCGACUCUCUGGAAAAGAAAGUUAGCAACAUUCAAGCUGAACUAGAACCAUCAGAACAGAUGCAGCUAGAAUCUGAACUUUCUGAGCUCUCCUCUAAACAGAAACAGUUGGCUACCUUAAUCAAACAAGAAAUCGAAAGAUUAGGAACAUGUGGCGAAGACAGAAAGAAACUCGAAAAUGAUAUAGAGAAAGCCAAGAAUUGGUUGAAAUCCAAACUUGCGGAAAUCAAGAAACUCGGUGGACCAGUUCCACUAGAGGCUGCUAAAGUUGAAAAAGAAAUUGCAGUUCACAAAAAACAUCAAGCGGAGCUGUCUGACUUCCACAAUGAUACUUUGACCGAAGUUAUGCGACAAGGGAACGCUGUAUCUAAAGAUUGUUCACCUGAAGACCGCUCGAAACUGCAGGCUAUUUUGGAAGACUUGAACAAAUCUUACACUUCAGCUAAAGUAGACAUUGAUGACAAACUUGGAGCCCUUACUAAAUUGCUUCAAGGCAGAAAUGAGUUUGAAUCCGAAGUGGCUAAAUGCCAAAGCUGGCUGAAUGAGGCAGAAGUUGCUGCUACGCCCGAAUUAAGAACAUCAAACCUACAACUUCUAGAAGAACAACUGGCUAAAUUCGAAAAACUCAGCAAAGAGGCCGAAGAUAUCGAAAAGGUUAUUAACAAAAUUAAGCAAAAAUCGAAAGACAUCUCUGAAUCUUUAUCUGAUUCAAACAAAUUACAACUUAAAGAGCAGAUUAACGUUCUCUCAGACAAGUUCGCCAGGAUCAAAGCCAUCAUAAACGACAAAAAGAAUAUUCUUCACAAACAUAUCAAGGAAUACAAAGACGCGGCUGCUAAGGUAGCUGCGGCUUUAGAAUUCUUAAGCGAAAUUCAGAACAAACUUAAGGCUUUGAACAAACCUAUUGGCAGCAAAGUAGAAGAUGUGCUACCAAUAAUACAGGCAUAUGAGUCUAUCUUGGCGGACCUCAAGAAAAACAAAUCAAUGCUCAAUGAAUUGCAAGGUGGUAAUCUCCAUGACCUCCAAGAUAUUCUCAGCAAACAAGAUGAACUGAUGAGCACGAUUGAAGAUCAAAUCUCUAAGCUCAAACAACUCAUGUUGUUGCGCGAACAAUUCUUCGCUUUGGUUAAAGAAAUAGAAGAAUUCAUAUCCAAGUACACGGACCUUACCUCAGAUAUUGAAAAAUCUAAUGACUCUUUGGAAGAUAAGAUCAAACGCUAUGAUGAUAUCAUUGUCAAAAUUCAAGGCUGUGAAGCACUUCUGGCCACGGCUACGGACAAGGGUCAGCAAAUUGCCGCUGAAGGCACCGUUAUCGACAGGAAUAACAUCACAGAACUUCUUCAAUCGCUUAAACAACAAUUGCUGACAUUAAGGAGGACUGUUGAGUCGAAGAGACAAGAGCACGAGCGAGCUGCUGCGGAACACAAGAAACUGGCUUCCGAUCUGUCUGAGAUUCUUCAAUGGCUCCAUGAAAACGAGGCAGCUGUGCACUCCCGUCCGCUACUCAAUCGAGACGUUGCAAGCGUCGAUAAGAAGUUGAUUGAGCAUUCUACACUUGUGAAAAACAUUCAGUCCAAUCUGGAGAAGUUCUCUAAAAUCGCGGAUUCCGUUAAGAACGACGACGGAAUACCUGGUGCACUCCUCGAAAUGAUUUCAGAAGGAAACUCCUUGAAGUCAUCUUUGCCUGCAGAACUUACUAACCGAGAGAAAUACCUGCAAGACAACAAGAAGUACCGACAACAAUACUUGAAACUGGUAGAAAAGUUGAACAUCUGGGUCAAUGAGGCUAACAUACGCUUGAACAUGGGCAAGAACGGAACCGAUUUUGAGAACAUCGAAGCUGACUUGGAAGAGCAUAAGUCAUUCUUCAAUUCCUCCGAGCCCGAGAUGAAGGAUUUGGUCGGAAAGCGAAUGCAGGACAUCGUGGACAAGAUAUGGGCAUCGCUGGCGGCGUCUGAACAAGAAGAGCUGUCUAAAGACCAUCAGAAGCACAACCAACUCCUGAAGAAUACUCUAAACUCCGCGAAAUCGCGUCAAGCCCAGUUAGAGCAAGACCUGGACAUUUGGAAGGACUUCUGCCAGCUAAUGGACAAGAUAAAAGCGAUCCUGGAGAAGAACAACAUCAAAGAUGAAGCUAUCACUACGGUUGACGCGCUCAGACUCCACCUCGAAAAGCUGAAUCACGCCAAAAACGACUUAGAGAACCAACAGCCGCUCCUGGACGUGAUCCGGGAGCGAGCUCGGGAGCUCUGCUCGGGUGCUGACGCAGCCAGCGGAGAGAGAGUCGAACAGAGAACCAGAGAACUGGCCGAUACUUGGAACAUAGCUUGUGAAGGUUUGGCCAAACGUGCCGCCACUGCCGACCAACAGCUACAACGUUGGACCCAACUUUUGGACGUCCAGAGGAGUCUCGGAGCGGCCAUCACGGCUGCUUCAGAUCGCCUCAAACAAUUGGAUACUAACCCGAGCACCAGAAGGCGUGCAUUGGACACCAGACAUGCACUCCAGGAACUUCAAAGCGAUGUCGCAAGUCUGGAAGACAGCCGCGAUGAGCUGCUGGAACACGCCGACUUUGUCGUGUCUCUGCUCAGGGGCCACUCGAAGGAAGCCGCCGAUGACACCGAGAAGAACGUGAAAGACCUCGUCGAGGCUUAUGAGAGAUUGCGACAAACUCUAGCGGCGCGGCUCGCGGACAUAGAGGAUAUUGUUUCUGAAUUCGACCGCGUGUCUGAGAGGAUCGACGAGCUCCGACAGCAAAUAGAGGUCUCCAUCGCUAAAGUCAGAACUUUAUACGUGUUCGGCGAAGACGAAGAGGACAACGUGAAGACUUUGACGGCAGAAGUCUCCGAGCUAGUGGAGCGUACCAAAACCUUCACGGAAGAGAGCAGAAAACGUUACGGGGGAUCCGCUCCGGCAGACGUUGCCCAAGAAUUGUCCGCUUUGGAAUUAGCGUCUGAAGCUCUCGCCGCAGCGAUGGAAGAAAAGGAAAGGGAAUGGAAACGGGCCCGAACUACUCGCACGGAAUACUUGGCUGAUGUCGAGGAUGUGCAGGCCUGGAUCCGUAAGGCGGAACUGACAGCGCGAGAUCGCACUCUGCCACCGGAGCCGUACAGAGAACGCCUGGUGGCCACCAGGUCCGAGGUGCCAAACAUUGCCGAUCGCGUCGAGCGUUUGACACGCAACGCUCGCGCCAUCGUGGAAGGAAGCCGUGAUGCAAGCGAGAGACAACUAGUCCAAUCCACAGUCACGGCUCUCUCGGACCAGUUCGCGUCGGUGUGCAGCGAGCUCGAGGCUCGGCAAGCAGCUGUCGAGGAUGCGUGUGAUGCAGUAGCUAGAUUCCUAGCAUUGUUGGAGAAAGUUCUCCUCUGGGUCGAAACACAACGUGCUUUCCUUGCGCGGCCUCUCCCAUUGGCCGACUUGCAGGAGACGCUACAGAAACAGACUGAAUAUGGGAACGCGCUCAAGAGUUGUAAGCAACAAGCGAAAAAUUUAGCAGACAUGGCAAAAGAAAUAGAGGCAAUCGAACGCGUCACGAGUCCAGGAGACUUACCGUCUAGACUGGAAACCGCGGAGAACGCCACCGUAGAUGUUGAAAAGAAAUUAGCGAAGACGAACGGUUUAUUACAAGAAUUAGCAGAAGAGUGGGAGCGGUGCGAGAGGAAACUGAAGGAUGUCGGUCAUUGGCUAGAAGCGACAACCAGGACUUUGGAGACGCCUCAAAAUGCCAAGAAACCGCUUCGAGACAGAUUGGCUCUCAGAGAGAAAAUCAUUAAUGACAUUUCCACUCAGAAGACAAAAAUAUCUUACGCUGUCGAAAAACUUAACGUUCACUUUGGUCCCGAUGGUGUUGCGGCGCAGUCCGUGGGCCCUGAAGGCGUGGAGGCCAACGCUCGUCAGUUAACGGAGGCGCUGGACGCGGCGGGUGCCAGUGUCGCGGGACAGGCGCGCCAGCUCGCGGCCGCUCUGGCGCAGGUCGAGGCGUACUGCGUGGACGUGGCGGCGCUCCGUGCCCAGCUGUUGCAGGCGGAGCAGCAGCUGCGGCACGCCGCGCAGCCUAACUACAGCCCACACGAUCCGGAUCGGGCGCACAAACAGCAACAGGAUAUCUGCCGGCGUAUCGAUGAGCUGAGCGGGGCGAUCUACACCCUGGACCCGUACUUCACGAUGCCGGUCAGCGAAGAAGUUGAGGAGCGUGCCGCCACUCUAAGCAUGCUGGCGUCUAGCGGGCAGAGCGCCCGCGCGCGUCGUGCCCGCUCUCCUGACCGUCGAGACCGCACACUGGCCCCGCCCCCGCGUCCCUUACGACCCCGCAGCCCCGCCUGGGCCCCUGGUGGACUUAGCUACGCCGAGAUCGUGCGUGGCUCCAGCUCGAGAUCUAGUUCGACGGGUUCAAGGCAGCCCAGUACUCAAAGAAUACGAUAUGAUCAUGUCGAACAUGUGGACGUACAGAGAUGCCCGCCUUCCCCACCAGAUUACAAUGAUCCCGAAGUUGAAGUUAUAGUGGACCACUCGUGUGUGCGCAAUGAGUCCGAAAGUGGCGACCCAAUAAAAAGUGCAGUUUAUAGUGCGAGUGAAUCUCUAGAAAGUGCUAUCGGAUAUCACGUUGAAAAAUAUGAAGAUCGUGAAAUACAUAGUGAUCGAGAGUAUUAUCCAGAAACUGUGGUCGAUACACCAGUUCCCAUUCAGAGAGAUUCAAUUCCUGAAAUACAGGAAGACCAGUCUAUUGAGACUAAGCACGAAGAUUCUCAAAUCAGAUACGAAAAUAUUGAACUAAGUUCUCCAAAGCAUCGUACUGAAUUAUCAUAUGCGGAAAUUUUGGCUUUAGGACUACCCAGACAAAUUAAGACACAAAGUGUCGUUAAUAUGCCGAAACCACAAGUAGCUCAGAUUGAGUUAAUAAAAGAAAUAGUGGUUGAAUGUCAUGAAAAACCUAAGUUUAAUGUGCCAGCUGAACAAAAAACUGAGCGCAUCGACACGCGUCAAAGAACAGAUAGACUUAGUAGUACAGAGAGACCGGCAUCACGAAGUCGUUCUAGAGAUAUGCCUCGGCAAAGGCGUGCACCUGAAAAACGGCCUACUAAGGUGCAUGACAUUCAAGCAAUGAAAAAGAAAAAGACCAUUAAAAAAGUUAUCGAAGUCCAAGAAUUCGACGAUGUAGUGGAACCUCCUACCGAUGACUUGGUUCAAGGGAAUGAGGCAAUUAAAUCGGAAAUUAUACAAAAAGAUUUUGAUAGCAAAAUUGAAGAAUUAAAUCCGAAACAAGGCUCUGAUUCCGAGCCAGUUGAAACUUUAGAAGCGGGACUUAAAACUGAUGAUUCUGAAACACUAGAAGUUCCGGAAGAAUCUCAACUAAAAAAAUCUAAAAAGAAACAGAAAUCUAAGAAAACGAAACAUGUAGCGGAUGAAAUACAGAAAGCUCUUAAAGAACUAGAGGAAAGCAACAGAAAAAAGAAAAAACCAAAGGAAACAGACAGUAAUAACUUAACUACUGAUGUUACGUCAGUAAAAACAACAACUGAUAUCGAUAAAGAAGAAGUAAUAUUUUCUGAAGUAGAAACAGGGAAAAAACAACCGAAAAAAAAGAAUAAUAAAGAUAAUCCGAGUGAUACAAAGCAUAAAACAAAUAAAGAUAAGCGGGAUCAUGUUAAAGAAGAAAUUAUUUAUGCUGUUGUCAAUGAGCCCGAAAAAACAUCCGAAGUUAUUGAAAAAGAACUAUUUGAAAUUAUUAGAAGUGAUAAUGUUUGUAUCCAGGAACAAGAAAGGGAAGAAAAAGAUAAUAUUGAACUCAAAGAACCAGUCAAAAAAUCCUCGAAAAAGCACAAAAAAUCUAAACUUAAAAUUGAAGAUACAAACACCACACAGACAUCUUCUGAGUUUUUAAAGACUGUGUGCAUACCGGAAAGAGAACCCGAUAAAACGCUUGAAACGAAAAUUACUUUGGUUAAAAACGACAUUCUGACACGUGACAGCAGCUUAGGUGAAAACCUAACUGACAAAGAUAUAGCAGGAGAUUCCAAAGAUAUACAAUCAAGCGUAAGCACAGAUUCUUUGCAACAAAACGCUGAAUCUGUUGAUGUUGAUAUCAAAGAUGUCGAAGUCCAAGGAUCUGAGAAAGAUCUAACUUGGGAAAAUUUAGUUGACCCAAGAAUAACGAGCGACUCAACUAUUGAGGAACUUCCAAAGGUCGAUAAACUUAAUACCGAGACAUCAGGAAGCCGCAAGAAAAACAAGAAACACAAAAAACAAGUCACGUUAUUGGAAGAAAGCUUUCCGAAAAUGGAUGUAGAAAAUAAAAGCGAAAGUACUAAAUUAAUUUCAAUGGAGAUUAAAAAUCUAGAAAUUGAAUCUACAAAUAAGAAAACAAAGAUCAAAAAAGAAAGAGUCAAAAUCGGUGAAAAUCAGGAAAAACCUGCCGAUGUCACAACUGCAGUACAAGAACUCAAAGAAGAAAUUCAAGAGGCGCAAGAAGAACAUGUAAAGGCAGAAAUGGGCGCCGAGGAGUCUUUAAAAGUCUCUAAAAAGAAAUCUAAAUCUAAAAAAUCUAAAACAAAAGAUGAUGAAAUAGAUAAAGCUCUGAAGGAGAUAGAAAAUAGUGAAUCUAGUAAAAAGUCUAAAGAUAAAGCAUCUAAAAGCAAGAGCAAGUCAAAAUCUGUAACAAAUGUUAAAGACGAAAUUAAAGAAAUCAAACUAGAAACAGAUAGCACUGCUAACAGUGAAAGCUCACCUAUAAAAGUCGUUGACUGGAAUACGUUGCUAGCAGAUGAAGAAGAUCUUUCCGAAUUUUCUCGCGUUGAAACAAUAAAAAAAUCGCAAUCUGAAUUAGUUGUUGACGAUCAAAAACAAGUUGCAAGCGAAGUAAUGAUUUUGGAGGAAACUUCUACCUUAUCACCAAAGUGCCAAGGUAUAACCGACAAAGAUAUAGAAUUAAUGCCUGUUGAAAAAGUAGAGAUAACUACAGAAAAUGUUGACAAAAAUAUGACUGAAGAUGUUGUAACAAUAUUAGGUAAACAGAUAAAUGAAAUCGGUAUUUCAAGUGUAGCUAAUGAGCAAAACAAUAAUGAUAAAUACUUUUCUUCGGAUGCUAAAAGACAAGAAUCGUUUAAUAUUGUCGAAGAAAUCACUUGCUAUAAACCAAUCGUUCAGGAUGUUGAAACACGUACUAUCUAUUUAAUAACGCACGAAGAAAAGAAAUUACCGCCUAUUCGAACGGUCAAAGUCUUUAGUAGCAAAAGUAAUUCUCUAGAAGAGCAACAGUCAAUUGAGGAAACUGAGGAAAAAGUAAUUGAACACAAAAUCACUGAUGAAAAGUCUUCCAAUAGUGAUAUAUCAAAAAACAAUGAAACUGUUUCAGAAAAUCUAUCGGAUGUUAUGAUUAAUAAUAAACAGAAUAUGGUAAUAGAGGAACCACGGAUUGAUGAAAAGAUAGAAGAGCUAAACCCAAACACGUCGGAAGCUACAAAUGUUUCCGAAGGAACCUUCUCAGAUAUUUUAGAAGAAGCAAUUUUUGGUUCCGUGCAGGACCGAAAUAAAAAUUCAAUUGAGAAAAAUAACAAAAAGCAAACGAAUAUUCCAUAUCAAGAAUUGAAAGAAGAGUUAAAGACUUAUUCUCUUGAACUUGAUACGCAUCAGUUGGACUAUGAGUACACUCAAAUGAAAAAAUAUGUUGAAUUCGAAACAAACCAAAAGCGAGCAACUACCACUGAAACUGAAUCAUGUCAUGUGGUUAUUCCUAGCAAAGAAUACGUUACUGUUCAGUCUGAAAACAAAGAUAUCAGUUCUAUAGUAGACUAUGAAGACAUUAGAGAUGCAGAAGUUAAUUUGACAUCUGACAAAACCAAGGAAAUAGAUAGCGAAAUCACUAAAGCAGAAACAAUAUCAGAAAAUAUCUUACCCAAAGAAGGUGAAGAUUUCUGUAAGACUAAUACUGUAACUACUAUUAGCAAGAUAAUUGAUGAAAUAACAGAUUACACUACUGAAUUUAUCCAUAAUGAAAGAGUUACUUCUGAAAAUAAUAAUGGAAAUAAGCAAAUUGAUACAACUGAGACUGUUUCUGAAACAAUAAUGGACGAUGAAAGUAAAUCUCUCUUGACUCCAGCAUCUUACAUAAAUAAAAAUUUAAUGAAUGACAUAUCCAGAUAUAGCUAUUCGGAAUUAGCUGAUGCUGAAUUACGGUUAAGCAUGAUAAAAAGUAAAAAAGAAACUGAAGAAAAAGAAUCUGUUGAACAAACAACACUAAGAACAAUAGCCACGGAAAUAGAUUUCAGUGGCGAAGAUAAUAAUGCACAAAUUGUUAAAGAACAGUUCGGAUCUGAGGUGGGCAUUGAAAUCGCUAAAGAUGAAAAUCAAAACAACUCGGGACCAACUACCGACACAACAAAUAAUAUAUUCAUUAAUGAUUACCACGAGCUAUCCGAUGCCGAAAGUAUUUUAGCUACUAAUUUGAAACUGAAAACUGUAAACUCUGGGCCUGAUCAAAUUAUUGUCCAAGACUUAUCUAACAAGGAAGGAAUUCCUACUGCAAAAACACCCAAAGAGGUUUACCUUUUAACUGAAGUACCCAGGCAAAGUUAUCAAGAUAUUACUGAUGCUGAGGUACUUUUAGCCAAUUUUGUGGAAGGUUCGCGUGGCCGCGAUACAUUAUCGAUUAAUCCAGAGUUCAAAACUGAGAUACAAUCCCCACAAGAUGCUGACCUCACUGAAUCGUUAUUAGAGGAAAUCGUUUCUGAAACAAAACACGUUGAAAAUUCAUCAACCACCGAAACUCUUCAAGAAGUAUCAACGUUUAUCGAUAACGAGAAGGAAAAUAUAGCAGAGAAAGUAAUUCAGCCUGAAAUUGAAAAUACUACAAUUACUGAUAGUAGUGAAACCCGUCAGUCAGAGGCAGAAUGCAUCUUUGAUGUAACAAGAUUUAUUCGUCAUGAAUUAAAUGAUGCUGAAUGCUUGUAUGCUAUUUCGCGUACUUCCACCGGAAUGCAAAUGUCAGGUACAGAUAACAAAGAAGCCGAUAAAGUCACGGAAGCGACAGAUUCUUUAGAAAAAGAAUCACAAAUAGAUGUAACGAAUCAAAUACAGAUAGACGAAGAAACCGCAAAAACUGAGGAUAAAACUGAGAAUAUUUCAUCAGUAUUCGAACCAUUGCGUUUUAGUUAUCACGAAUUACGUGACGCUGAAUAUAUUUUUGCAUCGAGGGCUUUACGUGAACCGGUAAACUCUUUAGUAUUGGUUGAUAACCACAACAAUGCCAAUAUGGAGGAACAAAAUCUUGAAAAAUGCACGGAACUGCAGAACAGCUUAAGCGAGGAUGUCAGCUUUUUAGGACCCGAAGAUCUCCAUAUUCAAAGUCUCAGUAAAACUGAAACCGAAACUCAAGGAAGCGUUCAAGCGAUUACUGCUGAAUUUAUAAAGAACGAACACAAUACGUUCGAGAGCUUACCUCAAGACACAGAAACUUGCCAACCAAUAAAUAAACCCAAAUCCGUUGGCUUGGAAAAGAUUGAGUUUUCCUUUGAGGUAGAUGAUCUAACUAAUACACCAGUAAGUGUUGUUUACGCCAUUGAUAAGCAAGAUGUAGAAAAAGAUGAUCUAGUAAAUGCGUCUAAAAAUGUAGUUGACGAUGAUAUUGAAAAAUCAUUUGAAAUAGUUGAUAGCAGCGAAAUAGUUGACCCACUUGAUGAAUCAAAGGAUGAAGACGUACGUAACGUCAAUGUACUGAAUGUUGAAAGCACACCCAUUCCACAAACCACCACAGCAAUUGAACUUGCUCAAACAUCUGGUGAACCAUCGUUAGAUGAAACUUUUGAAAUCGUAAACAUCACUGACGAAGAAGUUCAGAAAGAUCUGGCUACUACAACUAAAGAUGCUUCUCUAAUAAAUAAUGACAAUACACAAGAUUUUGUGAGAGUAGAAACAAAUAAUACUGUAGAAAAAAGUAUUUCUGACAUUACCAAAACUUCUGAAAUUAUAAAAGACGAGUCGGAAGAAAAUAUCGUGGAAGAAGACAGUGUUGUAACUAUUCCACCAACGGAAUAUGUUACGGAUAAAGAAAACGUGCAACAUUAUGAAAUCGUAAAUACAAAUAAUACAAUUAUAGAAAUAAGUUCUGACAGAACUAAAACUUCCAAAGAAUUACCAAUAACUGACACUAAAAAUGAGUCUCUUGUGUCUUUAGUUUUCGGUGAUAUUAAAACUUUAGAAGAAUCAAUCCAAAAAUCGUUAGAAAUAAACGAUUUUGAAAAACAGACAACAAACGUUCAAUGCUCGGAAUCUGAAAUAAACCAAGAAGAGCUGCUAGACACUAUAGUCGUAGCACCUGAAAUUGUAGAUGAAGAUCAAAAUUAUUCAUUGAUUGAAAGUAAAGAAUGGAGUAAACCCGAAAAAACAAUAAAAGAUGAAACUGAAUCAUUCAUUCAAGCCGAAAUAUUAACAUCUGUAAAUCUAAAUAAGGAACAAGAAGUUACAUUGACCAAAAUACUUGCUUCACCUGAAAAAACUACUGUAAAAGAAAUCGUGACUCAAACAGACACUGAUGUAACGAAAAUAGCUGAGAAUUUAAAUGAAGAAGAACAAUUACUGUUAGUCGAAACUAAAACUUCAGAGUUAUAUGAUAAGGAAUCGAACAACAAUCCACUUGUGUCCACGGGAUCCGGCAUCUCUUACCCGCUUGAGCCUGGCACUAUCUCGGCAGAUUCUAGUCAAACUGAAAUUUCUGAUUCACCCGUUGUCUUAUGUCCUGAAUCAAAUACCAGUGUUUUACAUGAAAGUACGGUUGUUAUAAAUGACGUCACAAGUACGGAAAAAAGCGUAGUACAAAAUAUCCCCGUAACUGAAUUACCUAUUAUUGAGCAAAAUUUGAAAUCAAAUGAAGUUGCGAACCAAACCGAUUUAACUCAAUUCGAUAGUCCGAGCCAUGUAGAGAAAUCCCCGAUACACAGCCUGCAUGAUCUCUUACCUGAAAUUGAUUCAAUUCCUGAAUUCAGACCUUCCUUCCCAAAAUCUGUUUUACACUCAAAACUUUCGGCGGAUGCCCCUGAAUUUACUCCUUCCUAUUUGUAUCAAAAUCCUGUAAAUGAGUCUGACAGUGAUGUUACUGAUUUCGUGUCUAGUGUAUCAGAGGACAGUAAAAAACCAAAUGAAACGAACGAGCCGAAUGAAGAUAUUUUAGAGGUUAUAAUGGAAACUACAUCAACACCUACAAUCUCGCAAUUUUCUUACUCAUCGAUUUUGCAAUCAAAAGCCGAAAAACAGACGACGUCGCAAUCGCAACCAGAUGUUGUAGAUAUCUCGGAACAAAAAGAGCCACAUGAUCAAUCGGAGCAUGAAAAAGAAGAGAACCUUGAGACCAAGCAUAAACGUAACAAGAAAAAGAAAAAGAAGGAUGAGAAAAAACACGUAUCUCAAAGCAUUCGACCUGAACCAAUUUCACUCAUUUCCGAUACCAAAGAAAUUUCUUUUGAACCAAUAAACGUCUGGGCUAAAGCAGCAGAAGAAGGGAAGUCAUAUGCCAAAGUUGUUGCUGAACAUAUUGCUAACAAUGAACUGGAUAAAGAGACGACAAAGAAAGAAAUCCAUAAACCACACGAAGUAGUUAAAGAUGCACUGGAAACCAACAAAGGAAUCGAUGUAGUACCUGUACCAGACACAAUUCGAAUAACAGAACCAGCGGUGGAAACUGCACAGGAUACUGAAAAUAGUGUGGGUACUUGGGCUAAAAUUGUAGCUUCUAAACGAGUAUCUCCAGAAAAGACAAUAAAAAUAGAAUUUCAACAAUCAGAACAAACCCCAGUUUCGUCGAAAGCUCCAGUCAUAUUUGUUGACGAAUCGGAUUCUGAUAAUAAAAAAAUAGACAAAGAAGUUGACGCUGAAGGCUUUAUAACGGUCGAAAGAAGCAGAAGAUCAAGGUCAAGGUCCAGAGACAAUCGCUUGAGAUCAUCAUCCAAUAUUUCUCAGAACCGUGAAGCUCGUGAAAAAUCUGAAAAUAGAUUUGAAGCACUGACGACUACAUUAAAAGUUGAAGAGGUGGAACCAAUUGUUGUUCCUGAAUCUGAAGACGAAAAACAAGUCUCAAAGAAACAAAGAAAAAGUCGCGCUUCCAAAUCGAAAGAAAAAGAAGUGAAACCUCAAUCUAUUGCAGAACCUACUCCAGUUGCUGAAGAAGAUUCUAAGCAACACAAAAAGAAAAAUAAACACAAACGCUCGUCGAAAUCUAAGGACGAAAUCGUAAGGAGCGUUGAACUAACUAAGCAAGAACCUGAAGUAGAGGAAGUAAAACCAGAAGAAACAAUGGUAAGAUCUGAGGUGUCCUCAACAUUGGCUGAACCUAUCGAAGAGCCUGAGACGAAAAAGAAGAAUAAAAAGAAGAAAAAGGAUAAAAAGGCUGAACAGCCUAAGGCCAUUGCAGCAACUUCUGAAGUAACAAUAUCUUCUGAACAAGAAAUAGAGACGACAAAUAGCACAUCUGAAUCAAUUUCAGGCCCAACUAAGUUAGAAUCUUCUGACCAAGGACUAGAGCAGCCUGCCUAUCUAACAAUAGAGAAUCAAGGAGGGUCAAAGGAAAAAACGAAACUCGAAUCUGAUGUACCACAGAAGCUUCCAAAAAUAGAAUUGGAAUCAAUAUCUAAAGUUGCACCAUGGGCUGAAAGAGAACCGAUUUUGGGAGAUAGUUUUGAACUCGAAUCUAAUAGUAUACCACAUCCAGAGCAAAAGCCAUUAUCAGUCGAAGAAUGCAAAAUAAUUACAGUAGAGCAGCAAAUUCAAUCUGAUCCGAAAAUUGAACCUAUAUCUGAAAUUACAAUACAUGAUGACAAAGAAAUAACGCCCGUUGUAACAGACGAAAGUAAACUAAAACGAAAACGACUCGAGUCAUGUAUUUCAACACCGGAUUCCGUACAAACACCUGUUAAAGAAAGAGUAUUCUCCGAUGCGCAAUUCUGGAAAAUUGAACCAGACCUCAGUUUACUGGACAGUAUGUCUGAAAUGAUUUCCGUGGAAAUUGAGCAGGGAGCUAGUCAAGCUGAAAGUGAGUAUGUAUCUACCGUCUUCAGUAAUUUGCCUUCCGAACAACAAGCAGCAGAAACAAUUGUAGAAUCCACACCCUCACUCAAAUUCAUAACUGAAGAAAUAAGAACUGACGAAGUGCAACAAAGUAAAAAAGCUCAAGAAGAAAAAAUGUCGGAGGAACAAUCGCUAGAGAAUAAAAUGGCUGAUUUGCAGAGAGAAAUCGAAGAGAUGCUCUUACCCGAAAAUGAUUCUUCUCUCAUCAGCGACGACUCACCUAAGGAACUUACCGACACCCAGUCUUCUAUGGAAUUCCAAUAUGAUGAACUCAUUCCAGACAACAUUACUCCAUCUCUUGCGACACCUGAACCUGAAGAUUUGCUACUAGAAUCAAAGCCACCAGCUGAAACGCAACAAGCUGACGUCACCAAAAUCGAUGACGCACACGUCAGUAUAAGCAUGGCCGAUUCUGUGUUGGACGAAUCUGAGCCGUUUUCGUUCACGGAAACACAAUCUCUCGAAUAUACAACAUCAACGACUCAAGAUAUUAUUUCACCUAGAGAUGAAGCCAAUUUUUCAGUUGGGAAAAAUGAGAAAAUCGAUUCUGAUGAACAGAUGAUCGGCAUAGCUGCUAAUUUACAAACAACUGAAAAAGACGAAGUUAAAACAGGCGAUAAAGAAUCUGAUAAAAUCGAAACUUCUGGUAUUGUAGAGAAUGUGAAACGUGAAGACACAUACGAAGUUAAAACAGACGAUAAAAAGUCUAAUAAAAUCGAAACUUCCGGUAUUAUAGAGAAUGUAGAACGUGAAGAGACUAUUGAACCUGAACUGUCCGAUACAUUAUCUGACGCUGUUCCUAUUAAUGUUGUAGACCCUAUCACUAACAACCAUAUAAACCUUAAACCCGAUAAUUUCUGGAUAAACAAAUACGCAACUGAUGAUGCCGAAUUGUUAUUAGUUCAACAAAAACUUAAAAAAGAAAGUACUCCUCCUAUCGUAAAACAAAACCAACCAAAAGAGAAACCUAUAGAUCUUAAUUUAAAAACCGACGUAAAAGUCGACAUUGAAAACAUUCGUAACGAUAACAAAUUCUGGGUUGAAAAACAUUUAUACCAUGACGCCGAAUGCCAAUAUUUCCUUUCAAUGGCCAAAAAAUCUAAACCAACAUCAGCCGUUGGAGAUGAUUUUGAAGUCAAAGAUCAAAAUGACAAGGAUAGGGACCCUGGUGGUAGUUCUGGACACACUUCUGAAGGGGAAGAACCUAAAGAACCCUCUGGUUCUCCUUUCAAUUCCACGUAUCUGUCCAUGGACUUACCCGGCGGUAUAUGUAGUUGGAAAGAUCAUAGCUCUUACUUGAGCGCCGAAACUCCUUCUGAUUCGCUUGAUUCAAACGCGGAGGCUCUUCAAGCUUCCGCUACUGAGGAUAUACUAACAACCCUACCUACAGAACCAGUUGUCCAAACCCCACCCCUACAGGAGCCAGCCAUCAACGAGACAACCCGAAGGACACCCAAGGAUGACUUGUCUAACGAUAUUGAAACACUGCUAGUCGAGAUAAGGGAUGUUCAAACAAGACUGACUGAUUUGCCUGAUGAAAGCCUAGAAGCCAUGGAGGAAGGUCUCAAGGAGGGAAUCUCAAUUUUAAUCAAGUGCGACGAAGCAGCCGAGCUGUUGGAGCAGAAGAUCAUGGAGUACCGCCAGGAAGUGGAGGUCCAGACCCUGAUCAAGGAACUCAUCGCUAUGAAGGGCAGGAUCUCAAAGCUUCUGACCCAAGCGCGGCAAGGUCUCGGCGUCAUCCAGGUAAGGAAGGACGCGAAGGCAGAGCUGUCGCGUCAAACUAAAGAUAUUGAAGAACAACAAAAAGUAAUCUUCAAACUUGACCAAUGGCUUGAGGCUAUUAACAAUGGUCUCAGAGAAUCCACACAGCAAUCCGACGUCCUUACAGAAGAUGACGUGAUCAGGUAUAUCGAGGUGUACGAACGCUACAUCAGGGAAUACGAGGAGUAUGAAAUCAUUUUGAGGUCGAUAACUGUGAUAAGGCACGAUGAAUCUAGUCAAUCGUUGAGGUCAAAAAUAAACACUAUGCAAGCAGCGUUGGAAGAAACAAAGCGUCUAGUCAUUAUAGAAAUAGAGAGGUUAAGGCUAGUGUUGUUACAUUUGAGAUCGGCUCCAGAAAUAGCUGAAGAAGAUAUUUCCCAGACCGAUAGAACCAUCGAUUCUACUUCGAUGCCUGAAGAGGUCGCUUCUCCAAGAGAAGCUGGCCUUGCUGGACCAAAAGUGGAUCUUGAAAAGGAACCUGCUAUAAAAGACAAAUUAGAACCAGAACUUAAACACGAAAGCGUUGAUAAAAUUACUAAAGAAGAAACUGAAAAAGUGCCUACAAUACAAGAAAGUAAACCUAGUCAUGAAACAUCUAAAUCAAAAGAUAAUCAAGUAAUUCAAGUAAUCCAGGAGAAGCCCACUUUUACUAUAGAAACACAAACAGGAGCCAGCUUAAUGUCUAAUGCUCCAUCUGUAGUUGAUAAAUCUGUCAUUUGCAACCCAGAGGUAACAACGCACGAUGUAUCAGUAACUUGCGCUUUACCUCGAGAAGUCGAAGUCCAAACGAGUGAACCACAUUCAGCCGAAAAGGAACUUUACGAAACAAUACAAGUUAAACAGACUAUUUCUGAUGGGCACGAGACGAUUGAGAUCGCCAGUCGUCCAGUACAUAAAGAACAACAUGUAGACCAAACACUCCUAGUAGACGCAGACUAUAAGGGAGAUCAAGCUAGAAAAGAUUCUCAUUUGAAUAUCACACACAGCUUACCGCAAUCAUUUGAAACAGUAAUGGUUGAACCUGAUGAAACAACAACCGAAGUAGUUGUAGACGCAGACGGAACCAAGAGAAUAAUUGUGAAGAAAAUCAGAAAAACUUUAGUAACUAGGCAACAAACGUACCAAACACAAGAACAGAGAUCUCAAAUCCUUUCCAGGGAUGGUGUUCAGGACUCAUUUUCACAAAUUACUCUAAAGGAAGACACAGGAUCAACUUCGAAGGUUUUGGAAGACGGUGGAGUGCAACGCAUCCAAUAUCAGACUUAUGGCGGUCAAGUAAUAUCAAGAUUGCCUGGCGGAGAGGUUACAAUACAAGAAUACACUUCAAAACCUGAUAUGCUGAUAACAAUGGAAGAAGGAAUGAAACCUGAACAUAUUCUUCAGUUAGCCGAAGGUGAAAUUCCCACCCAAAUUCAAACGUCAUCGUCCAGCGUCACCGCUGUUGUACAACAAGUAACUAAACGCACUAUUCAAACUAGGAGACGUAUAAUCCGUAAAGUUGUUAUCGUUGAUGGUAAAGAACACGUCACUGAAGAAGUGAUAGAGGAACCGGACAAUGUAGAAGUAAUUGAAGAACAAAUACCAAGAGUAACAAUAAAUGUAAGAGAUGGUGAAGAAGUUCAAUUUACCGAAAUAGACGAUGCAGAUGACAAGGGCGAUGAACAACCACCCAAUCCUUUUGAUGUACAGCAAUCAGAUUCUCAAGGUAAAUCCCCAGUAAACAAAAAACCAGACGAUAAACGUGAUAAAGAAGAACAUGAUAAAGGCGGCAAAGAACCAAGUGACAUUUCUGUUGAAAAAAUAGCUCAAGAACAAGAACUAACUCGUUUGAUGGAAGAUUUUAUUAAAAAGGAGAGUGAACAUAACAAAUCUGACAUAAUAACACGUCUGUCUGAAGAAAAAGAAUCCUCACCAACACGGACUGUUACAAUUAGAGAAACAUAUUCCAGUGCUCCAACGGAUGAGACCAUGCCAACAGAAGAAAAUUAUUAUGUGCAAGAACCUCACGAUGGUCAACCAACUUUUAUUACUCACGGAAUACAUCAGUCAACUUUAGAAACGUCGUCAUCUAAUACGGCUACAGUCGUUCAAAAAAUCACUCGGAAAAUAACUAGAACUAAAAAACGAAUUAUAAAGCACAUUCAAAUAAUUGACGGCAAGGAACACGUCACGGAAGAAGUAAUAGAAGAACCUGAUGAUGUAGAAAUUAUAGAGGAAGAGCCGAAAAUUACUCAUACACAUAGUCUUCAAACGACCGGUGUAAAAACCAAACGUAUGAAGAUCAUAAGGCAAGUACAAAUUAUUGAUGGUAAAGAACACGUUACUGAAAAAGUAAUUGAAGAGCCUGAUGAUGCUGAAACACUUGAGCAGGUACCUACUGUCACUGAAACAUUGCCUAUGGGAAGUGUCACAACAAAACGUAUCAAGGUCAUAAGACAAGUGCAAGUUGUCGAUGGCAAAGAACACGUCACUGAAAAAGUAAUUGAAGAACCUGACGAUGCUGAAACACUUGAGCAAGUAUCUACAGUCGUCAGUGAAACGUUACCUGUGGGAAGUGUCACGACAAAACGUAUCAAGGUCAUAAGGCAAGUGCAAAUUAUCGAUGGCAAAGAACACGUUACUGAAAAAGUAAUUGAAGAACCUGAUGAUGCUGAAACACUUGAAAAAGUAUCUACAGUCGUCAGUGAAACAUUGCCUAUGGGAAGUAUCACGACAAAACGUAUCAAGGUCAUAAGACAAGUGCAAGUUGUUGAUGGCAAAGAACACGUUACUGAAAAAGUAAUUGAAGAACCUGACGAUGCUGAUACACUUGAGCAAGUAUCUACAGUCGUCAGUGAAACAUUGCCUACGGGAAGUGUCACGACAAAACGUAUCAAGGUCAUAAGGCAAGUGCAAGUUAUCGAUGGCAAAGAACACGUUACUGAAAAAGUAAUUGAAGAGCCUGAUGAUGCUGAAACACUUGAGCAGGUACCUACUGUCACUGAAACAUUGCCUAUGGGAAGUGUCACAACAAAACGUAUCAAGGUCAUAAGACAAGUGCAAGUUGUCGAUGGCAAAGAACACGUUACUGAAAAAGUAAUUGAAGAACCUGACGAUGCUGAAACACUUGAGCAAGUAUCUACAGUCGUCAGUGAAACGUUACCUGUGGGAAGUGUCACGACAAAACGUAUCAAGGUCAUAAGGCAAGUGCAAAUUAUCGAUGGCAAAGAACACGUUACUGAAAAAGUAAUUGAAGAACCUGAUGAUGCUGAAACACUUGAAAAAGUAUCUACAGUCGUCAGUGAAACAUUGCCUAUGGGAAGUAUCACGACAAAACGUAUCAAGGUCAUAAGACAAGUGCAAGUUGUUGAUGGCAAAGAACACGUUACUGAAAAAGUAAUUGAAGAACCUGAUGAUGCUGAAACACAUGAGCAGGCACCUACUGUUACUGAAACAUUGCCUAUGGAAAGUGUCACAACAAAACGUAUCAAGGUCAUAAGACAAGUGCAAGUUGUCGAUGGCAAAGAACACGUUACUGAAAAAGUAAUUGAAGAACCUGACGAUGUUGAAACACUUGAGCAAGUAUCUACAGUCAUCAGUGAAACGAUACCUGUGGGAAGUGUCACGACAAAACGUAUCAAGGUCAUAAGGCAAGUGCAAGUUAUCGAUGGCAAAGAGCACGUUACUGAAAAAGUAAUUGAAGAACCUGAUGAUGCUGAAACACUUGAAAAAGUAUCUACAGUCGUCAGUGAAACAUUGCCUAUGGGAAGUAUCGCGACAAAACGUAUCAAGGUCAUAAGACAAGUGCAAGUUGUUGAUGGCAAAGAACACGUUACUGAAAAAGUAAUUGAAGAACCUGAUGAUGCUGAAACACUUGAGCCAGUAUCUACAGUCGUCAGUGAAACGUUGCCUACGGGAAGUGUCAUGACAAAACGUAUCAAGGUCAUAAGACAAGUGCAAAUUGUCGAUGGUAAAGAACGCAUUACUGAAAAAGUAAUUGAGGAACCUGAUGAUGAUGAAAGACUUGAUCAAGUGCCUCCAAUUAGUCAUAAUCUUCAGACAGAAGGUAUUAAGACCAAUCGCUUAAAAAUUAUAAGACGUGUUCAAAUAAUUGAUGGUAAAGAACAUGUUACUGAAGAAGUCAUAGAAGAACCUGACGUAGAAUAUGUCCCGGAUUCUACUAUUACAGCUGAAAUUGAUGUGCACAUUAAAGAACAUCCCACUACAUCACUGGAUGUAUCCCAACCGCAACUAAUUACUUUAGAUAAAAAUUUAAAACAGAAAUCGAAUAUUGCUGACUUGACUAAAUCUUUGAUUAGUAGUGAAGUUGAUCAUGCCCAAAUUAAGCCAUCAUUAGAAACUGAUCAUCAAAUUAGUUCAACGGUUAAAGUAAUAGAUAGUAAAAUCACUGAUCAAGAAACUGUAGAUGAAGUUCCUACUUUAAUUGAAACCACAGAAUCAACUGAACCGAUAACCUCUGCAAUAUCACGAGAACACCAGGUAAUUGAGACACAAGAGAAACCUGUUCUCACAUUAGAUUCGACAAACACGGACAUCAAAGAUAAAAACACAAUCGUCGACAUUACGAAGAGUUUAAUAGGAAGCGAAAUAGAUCAUACUGUUACGUCCAAACUGGAAAGUUCAAGAAUUACUGACUUUAAUGUCACCGAAAAACCAAAAGACUUAGAACAUGUGCCCUCAUUAACCCAAGGAAUACAGAGAGUAGAUACCGUACCCAUCGAACCUAAAGUUAUUGAAUAUACUUUAAAACAAGAACCUAUGGAAAGUAUAAAACCUGAAUUUACAUCAGAACAUCAGAAAGAUACCGCCAAAGUAUUUUUAGAGUCAUCUCAAGCUGACCGUGCCGAAGAAAGCACUCCAAAGCUUUCACAAACCGUAACCAAGGAAAUCACAAUAAGCCAACCCGUUAAUGUAAAAGAACAUUGUAGUGACGUAGAAAAAAUUACUUCCGAUACAAAAAAUACCGAUUAUUUACAAAAAGUUAAUAUUUCAACGAACGUUGAAAAAACAAUGCGAGAAAUUCAAGAUGUUAUCGAAACCACUGAACCCGACGUUAUCUUACUCACGGAAGCAGAGAAAGUCCCACAGAAGUCAACCUCGACACAGGAAGAAUUUAUGAUUUCAGAAUCAGUUGUUUUACCUUUAAUUAGUGAUAAAAGAGAAGUUUUUAGUAGCAAGGAAUUGAUUGAAAAUGAAUCUGUAGAUUAUAUUCCUUCGGACGGAGGUAAAGCUACAGCAGAACAGACAGAGUUAACCAUACCAGAGCUAUCAUCAGUUUCUGCUGAAACUGCUUCUAAACUAAAACAGGAAGAAAAGGAACAAAGUACGGAGCCCACAGAUGUUGAUCAGGUUAUUGAAAAAUCUAUAAAAACUGUAACUCCUAAUGCUCGUGAGAUUAAAGAAGUGGAAAAAAAUCCUAAAAUGGAUGAUAUUAGUGAUUUUCCUCAAUCACAAAAACCUUUGAAAGAAAUUGUAUUACCUAAGAAAACUGACACAUUUGCGCCAUCUAUAGCUGAAGCUACAGAUAGCAAUCUAAUAGAUAUCAGCAAAAGUUUUAUCGAUAUUGAAAUCGACCAGUCAAGUGUACAUAAAGCAACAUCUAUUAAAUUGCAAGGGUAUGAAGACGAUAUUAUUCUAAAUAAGCCGGAAUUGGCAAAUAAAGAAGUAACCCAAAUGGAUCCAAUUCAAACUGAUUUUGAUAUCCCUGAUAGGACAAGUGAAGGUCCAGUUGCCAUUGAUAUUCAAUCAAAACCAAAAAAGGAGGAAGGAAUUACAGUGACAGUAGUAGAAAAAAAGAUUUCACCUGAAGCUGAUAUUAAGGAUUUGACAAAAACAAUUGAGACAAAAGAAUUUACAACUGAUGAAAAACUUCCAGGUCAUAUUAAAGAAGCGUAUCCUUCAGACAUCAUAUCUGAAAAAGUUAAGGAUGUAGAAUCGGAAUUUAUUGGAAUCGAUGACCUAAAGAAAGAUUCAUCGUUGAAAGACGCAACAGUAGACUUCAUUGUGCAGGAGUCGAUUCAAAAAGAUAAUUCAAUACUAGAAGAAGCUACCAAAGAAAUACCUGAUCAACUGAAACUUGACAGUGAACAAUCACAGCGACUUAGUAAUUCUAAGCUAGAAGAAAAAGAUCUAUUAAUACCACAAACAGAAAACGUUCUGUUCGAAAUUAAAGAACAAUAUGACAGUAAAAAAGAAGCAAUACCAUUACCGUCUUCGACUUUUGAAACCGUAAGUGGUACAGAAACAAUUACAGUAACAACAGAUCUGAAUUUAGAAGUUCCUGAAAAACUUGGAGUAGAUGAUAAACAAAUGAGUGUCGUUGCACUUACAAAGGAAUUGCUAGAAACUGAAAGUUUUAAAUCAAACAACGUAAACGCUUCAAAAGAUAACGAAGAAAAUAUUUAUAAAAAACCGUUCGAUGUGGAAGAAUCAAUUCAAAAUCUCACUGUUGACGAAAAAGAAAAUAUUCAAUCUAUUACUGAACCGUCAAAUUUACAAAAUACAAACGUAAUUUCGGCAGCUACAGAAAUCUCAAAAGGAGAAAUACCAAUAAAAUUGCAAGAUAAAUCUAUUGAAGUAGAAGAUAAAUCAACUACAGUAGAAAGUAAACAAACUAAAGUAGAUGAUAGAGCAACUAAAGCGGAAAGUAAAUCAACUAAAGAAGAAGAAUUGAUUGUUUCUGAAGAACCAGAAAAAAAUGUCUGUCAAAUCAGUACUGAAAAGGCUCCUAUACAAACAUCGGUAGAAGUAGAACCUCUCAAAAUAGGAACCAUUAUUACGGAAUCUGAAACUUCUUUGAUUCCGGAAUCAUCGGAAGUGUCGUACGUUCGACAAUUUCAUCCUCAAGUUAAAGGCUCGACUGAAAGUGUGAAAGAACUUAUCGCAACUCUCGAGCUACCAGACCAGAAAGAGAUUUCAUUACAAACAGUAGGAGUUUCCGAUCAACCCACGAAACCAGAUCCGAGGUACGACACCAACGUGCUCCUUGAAGCUGAACGACAUGAUACAGAUUUGCGUGGAUUUAAGUCAAAAGAGCUCAAACUUAUAACAGAAAAUGAUAAGCCUCAACAAACGAUUGAUAUAUCUAUGUCUCUUACAAGAACUGAUGUAACUACUGAAGUCAAACCGAAAGUGCAACUAGAUCUUACCGUGCAAGAGUUUGAUUCUAAGAAUUCAGAGGUAGUUAAAAAGGAAAUUGAUGCAGUCUUACCAACAGAUGUAAAAGUAACUACAGAACACAUUACAAAAGAACAAAUUGUAUCUCCUGUAAUAGAAAAAGAAAGUAGAAUAGAAAACAAAGCAGAGGAACCUGUAAAAGAAAGUAAAAGAAGUAAGAGAAAGAAGAAACACAAGCGAGAAUCUGAAGGAAGUGAUUCUAUUGAAAUAUCGCAGGAACAACGAACAGAUACUGAAAAAAGCAUUGCUGAUACAGAUAGUUCUUCUCUGAGUCAUUACGUAGAUUUACCAAAAUCACCUCUGGCAGACUCUCCUAAACCAACAGAGGAAUUAUUGGAAAAACCGGUAGAGGAUACAGGCUCCGUGAUCGAGUCUCCUAUUAUCGAAUCUGAAACAACUAUAGAAGAACGAGGAUAUGAACCCGAGGAUAUAUCUAUUGCACCUGCGGCUACACCAGACAAGAGAAAGAAACAAAAGAAACGUAAGCAACACGGAGUUAGUGAAGAAACUACAUAUCCAAAAUUAAGUACAACAGAUGUAGAGGAUUCAUCAAUAACAUUGCCCGAAGAUAUUGAACCAGUCAAAAAAACAAAAGACAAAAAGCGGAAGAAGAAGACUCCAGACGAUGUUGAGACAAGUCCUGAAAUAAAACCUGAUGAAGUUGAAUUGUUACCAGAAAUCAAACCAGAGCUAUCAAACCUAGGUGAAAUUGUUGAGACAUCUCCGCGUGAGGAAUCGUAUCACACUAUAAGCGAAACUUCUGAUAUUAGUACCGUUAAAAUUGUAGAAGAAUGCGUACAGAGCAGUCCUGAAACAGCACAAGAAGAAGUGCCAACUACAGUCACAUUCCCGAUUCCGGUCGUCGAGGAAAUCCCAACACAAGAUUAUUCUGUACAAACCUCUCCGGAACAAAUUGAACCGGUUGAAGAGCUACCUAGGCCAGAAACAAUUGAUAGCGAGCUUCAAACUUCACCUACAUUAGUCCACGAGGCAUUGACACAAACUACUACAGUUGAAGAAAAGGAAACUGAGUCGCAAACAUCAGAGGAAUAUCCAACUGCAGGAGCACAUGUUGAAACAUUUGAAGUUGAAAUCCAAACUAGCAGAAAACAAUCGCCAGUACACAUUGUUCAACAAGAGGCGACAACCCAAGUCAUUCCUAAGGACAUUAGCACGUCAGAAGAGAAGUUCUCGCAGACCUCACCGGUUGUUGAAGAGCCUAUUGAAAUUAAAACAGAUGAUUCAAAAGAACAUGUCAUAGAAUCGAGAGAUAUGCAAACAUCUCCAUUGCCUAGUAUUCACACAGAUGACAAGAGCACGGAAGUAAUCAUUAAUACCACCGAUAUGAAUAUCCAAACAAUAAAACAAGAAAUCGCCGAUCAGGAAACUUCAACUAGUCCAAUAAAAGAGAAAGAAGUAAUGGAAAUGUCCAUUCAAACACCUGACAUUCCUCUGACCAGUACGUCGACACAAUCUGACGCGAUUGAACAGUUUUUGCACGAAGAAAGGGUAAGCAGGGAAGCAGAACCCCAACCUGAGGAAACAAAACCAAGCAAACGAGAUGUCAUUACUGUAGAUAGCACUCAACAAACCUCGCCAAGAGUUGAAUCAGAAAAACCACCAUUAAUAUUGGAGUUAUCAAAAACAAACACAGUAAGUACCAGUCAACAAACAACUCCGCGAGCUAUAGAAGAGCCCGAAUUAAAAGAAUCUACAGAAACUGUAUCAACUAUUGAUAUGUCACUACAAACAUCACCAAGAGUUGAAUUUACAGAGACAAGCAAUCUUCCAGAAGACUCUACUCCUCUACCCGUACUGGAACUAGAGAAGACAGCAGCUAUAACAGUUGAUAACACUCAACAGACAACUCCUAGAGACUAUACAGAGGACUCUAUAUCUACUUCAACGGAUGAGCCCUAUGAAGUACACUUGCGGGCUCAAAUCUCGAUACCUCAAGCGAACAUAGAUUUCCUUGACAGUGAACGUCAACAACAAGAAUUCCCUCAUUCAAUUAUCACAGAAAAACAGAAACAAAAGAAAAGAAAAUCUAAGAGGAAAGUAGAGUCACCUAUUUUGCAAUCUCCAGGAAGCCUUUCAGAUCCCAUUAAUUCUGAGCUGUCUCUAUCUGUGACGCCGACAAGUGACGAUACCUCAUUGAGAGAUACUCCCUCAACUGAUGAAGGUAUUUCACAAAUAACCAGCCCUGAUUUACCAAGACAAGUCGUACCACCUAAAUUGACAUAUUCAGAUGUUGUUCAGAGAUCUAAAUCAAAAUCUCCUUCACCCAGUAAAACAAUUGUCCCACAAAAAACAGAAAAGGCAAGGUUGCUGGAUGCCUUAGAAAAAAGAACACAAUCUGUUAUUCAAUCGCCCAAGAAUCCUACUGAUAACUCUAUGACAGUGGCUUUGUUUGAACCAUCUGUCGAGAAAUCUUAUGAUCUCGUUAUCAAUAAAGAACUAGAUACGGUCAAAAAUGCUAUAAGCAACAACAAUCCUUCCAAAACCGAAAGGAGUGUAAUAGUUGUUAUCGAAACUAUUUCUGUAUGGCUGGAAGAGAUUCAGUACAAAAUACAAAAAGAAACAAUGCGAGGAGAAAAACUAACAGAAGAGACUGAAAAACUGAGAUCUUUACAUAACUACAUCAGGUAUUUAAAAGAAAUCAUUGAGGUGACGGAAGUAAAUGAAGAAAUCACCAUUUUGAUUGAUACUUUAACUCGUCAAGUAGACGCAGUUAAUACUUUGAAUAAGCAAAGCUCGGUCAAAGUGGAAGAAAUCGGAAGAGAAUGGGAAAAAUUCUUACACGAUACAGACAGUCUAGCAGAAUCCGUCGAACGUGUCAAAGCUAAUUUGGAUAAUAUAAUCCUGUCAGAAAACACGACUCAACAAAAACUUGAUCAGCUGGACAAAAUUGAAUCGGAUAAUAUCGAUAAUUUCGAAUCGCUGACCAAACUUUUCAAGCGCUGCCGUUCCUUGAUUGAAGCAAAUCCGAAAAGAGAAUGUCCCGUCAAAUUAUACUCAUGUGACGACGAGACAAAACAUGUAGAGCACACCAUCAACACUGAGAGGGAUCGGCUUCUACAACUAGCGUCUCUGGCAGAAGAAUACGAACAGACCCUACAAGACUUUGGUCAAAUCACAGAUGUAGCUGAAGCACUAUUAGACGGGAAAAUUAUUGUGAAUGACUUGGACCAUCUUCACGAAGAAAUUCAAAAGCACCGAAAAUUCUUCGUUAAUUUGAGCCAUUGCAGAGCGAUUCUAGAGUCUUUGGAAGACAAUCUAGAUAGUGAAACGAGAGCCAAAUAUUCUUCUUUACACAAUUCACUACACGAUAGAGCAACAGUUAUUAUAGACCGCGCGGCGAGCAGAGCUCAACAGAUGACGCACGCUGCGUCGAGAUGGAAUAUUCUCGAAAAUGGAAUGAAAGAAGAAAAGCAAUGGCUCGUCGUCGCUCAACAAAGAAUCCCAGACUUAACUAACGUUACUUCAAGAGAUCACGAACAAUACAUUGAUUUGUAUCAAUCGAUUAAUCAUGACGUUUCUCGGCAUCACGCGAAAAUGUUGCGUCUACUAUCAAUAACGCAAAACAUGCAAAACCUAAUUGUAUGUUCUACAUUGGACAACCAAUGCUCGUCAGCUCUGAACACGUUAUUAAAACUGCAAGACGAGAUUGAUACGCGAUUAACAAGACUUACAGCGUUCAGAGAACACUGGGUAAAUUACGAUCUACUUAUCGAUAGAACAGAAGGAUGGAUGAAAAUCGCGAACCGCGAAUUGGAAUUCAUUACUCCUGAAAAUAUUACCACGACGGGUAACUUGCGUAGAUUCUGGGAAUUAAAAGCCCAGCACGAGGUGCACAAUAAUUUAAAAAAUGAUUCCGGAGUACAGUUUGAAAAAGCACUCGAGAUAUUACCUAUAUCUGAUGAAAUGGUACAAAGAGAGUAUUUCUCCAAAGUUGAGGACCAGUGGCAUGCUUUAGCUGCCAGAAUAGCCGGUGUACACGACUCUGCCAUACAAACCAUAUCUGAUCGUGACGUUUCUUCAGGAGAAAAAUUGAAUAUUCUGGAAGAAGAGCUACGAGAACUUCGUUCAUCUAUAGAUGCCCUCAAAGGCGUCAUCAAGAGCGAAGACGAACUGAAUCUCUACAUAGAAAGACUGCAAGUCAUGACCGGACGUAUUGAUCGCAUACAAAAUGAAUUAGGAAGACUUAGUUUACUACCUACAGCUGAAUCAGAACGAUUGGGAGCGCUAUUAACGCAAUCGGGAAUACUAGAAGAUCAGAUUUCCGAAGAGUUAGAACGAAGCUUAUUGCUAAAGGAGAAAAUAGUGCAAGUUCAGAGUGGUAUAGCGAGAUGCCAAAAGAGUCAGCGUCGUGCAAGACUUACCCUCGAGGAGUGCGAAGCAGCAGAACGCCUCGGCAGCGACGUUGUUGAAAAGGCAUCUCAGACUUGUGACCAAUUGAUCGAAGACUUAGCAUCCCAGUGGCGAGAUAUUCUUGCUUUAAGACAAGCCCUCCAUACACUGCCGAUCAGUCUUCGAAUAUGUGUAUCGCCUACCAGUCUGGAGAGAGAUAUUUCGAGUUUGCAGGAAACGCACGCAGAUUUAGAAGCGGCUUGCGGCGAGCUCAGCGCUCGUCUACGUGCGAAAGUUCAUUUGUGGAAACGUUUCGAGAGGCAGUUGGAGAUGGUGCAGGGCGCCGUGCGUGAAGCGGAUUACAUGGUCGAACUCUUGACCGUUCAAGGCCAAGUUGACUAUGACCGUCUCCUGAAGGCAACUGAGAAGCUGGAGACCCUGAGUGAAUCGCUGACAAGAAGGAGUGGCGAGCUGGUGGGCGAACUCCGCGACGCAGCGGCGCCUCUGGAGGCCACCACGGAGCCCUCGGUCGCGGCUCAACUCCGCAGGGAGCUAGACGAUGCUGCCACAGCAUACGAACACACGUGCACCAACUUAACUCAGCUGUGUGAUAAGUACCAUAAAGCCGUGGAUCUCUGGAAGCGUUAUCGCGACGCUGCUGCGACAGUGAGAGCCUUCGCUGAAUUCCAGGAGGGUAAUCUUCACGCACUGAGACCGGACGAUGCCCCUAACACUGCCCAAGCAUGCUUGGAACAAGAAGCCAGGGUAGCUGAACUCCGAUCAUUGGCGGCGAGAGUCGCUGCAGAAACUGGAUCUAGGGCUCUCCAGGCCGACGCUGACGCACUGGCCCGAAGGCUGCAGCUGGUCGCCGGCGCUGUCCAGGUCCUGGCGGAUCUGGGCGAAGCCCGGCAGAGCGCACGAGCUAAAGCGCAGCACGCCAAAGAGAAACUAUGUGACAUGAGACAGGACUUGGCUCCGCUGCACGAAGACGGAGAAAUCGUUGAAGACAAACUGAUAGCGUUACGAGAAAACCUUAUCGCGCUGGGUAAGAGUGAAGCGGACAUCGCUCCAGCCACGGCGGAACUGCCCGACAUCGAUAGAGACGUUUCCGAAGAACAUUCGAUCGUUAGGAUCUUGGAACUAUGGCAGGCUAUGUUCAGAGACACAUUCUUGCAUUACCACAGGCUAUCGACCGCCCUGGUUAGGUCUGGUGAUGCGGCCACUGCGCUCAGACUAUGGCACGAGUACUUGAUCGACUUACAGUCGUUCUUGUCAAGCGGAGUUCCAACAGAUUACGAAAACCUAACAGAGCACAAACGUCUGUGCAGGGUUCACAGAAAUCUACUCACUUCGCAACGCUCAGUCCUAAUAAACGAAAACAGGGAUACUAAGAAUAAGGACUUGGCCGACAAAUUCGACACCCUUACUAAUCUCCACAAUGAAACCCUAGCGAGAAUUGUCGAAAGACACGAUGAAGUGUGCGCCCGCAUCGGAGCCUGGGACGACUAUAGAGAGAAUUACACAGAACUAUUGAGAUGGCUUAAAGAAAUGGAACGCGAAAAAGAAAAGCUGCAACUCAGAUACGUUCACAUGAAGAGGAUACACAAGAUCUUAUCCAAAAUACAGAAUCUCGCUGACAAAGUGCCCGAAGGCCGCAAACAGUCUGAUAAACUUCUAGUCAAUCUCAAGAAAGUCUUACAGUUUACUGAGGAAGCUUAUGGAGCCUCCGUCAAAAUGGAAUACGCCGGGAGUGUGAAGAGAGUCGAGAAUCUGCAAGCUAGCCUCGACACAUGGAGAGACUUCUUAACUCGAAUUCUAGGCCUGAUCGGUGAAUACGAACGCUUGACAAGUGAUUUACACAAAAUGUACUCAAAGACACAAGACGACAUUAGUUCAUAUACUGACGAGGAGAAAUUAUCUCGACCGCAACUCAAAAAAAUUAUUGAUAAAUAUACAGAUUUACGGACAAAGAUCGAAAAGAGCGAAACGCAGAUUGAGGCUUUGAGCGUCAUCCAGGAACAGUUGAAAGAAUGCCUGAGUCCGCAGGAUAUGAGAAUAGUGAACCAAAGAAUAUGGCAACUGAGGCAACAACGCGCUGACCUUGAACAUCAACUAUCUAUCAUCAUUCACAGACUUCAAGAACGACUGGAAAUUUACGCCAUAUUUGAUACGCGAUUCAAACGAUUCACGGAAUGGAUUACAACUGUCGAAACGCGUUUAGAGACUUCGGGCAGUAGCAGUAGCGACAUCACCGCUUUAGAUCCCCACGAUUUGAUCAGAAGGCUAAACGCUGAUGUUCAAGCAGAAACUGCUAUGAAGGAACGUGAAUUUGAAUGGCUCUCUGAAACCGGUAGCUCUCUUAUAGAGGUAGCAAAGAAAGAGGAAAAGUCAUAUAGCAAAAACACGUCAAAACAGUUGAAGGACAUGGAAGAAAGAUGGCGAAAACUCCAGGAAACUGGUAGAUCUAGAAUUGUGAAAAUUACUGAAUUACUAGAAACUAUAACACAGCUCGAAGAGAGGCUUACAGAAAUCAGAAUAAAACUACACGUCAUAGAGUCGAAAUUGACAACGACUGUUAUCUUAGAAUACCUAACGACAAAGAGCGUGGAUGAGAAAUUCAAAGAACGAGACGAUACACAUAAAGAAAUUGAAGCCGAAAGUGGAGAGGUGUGUGAAACUUUGAAUCUCUGCGAUCUUGUGUUCAACGACCCCGAUGUUCUCAAAGGUAACUUCGAUCUCAGAAACUUAAGAACCGGAGUGGACAUCGUCGAAAAGAAAUGGAAAAAUAUUUGCGACACUUCUGAACAUCGCAAGAAUACGCUGAAAGAAAUUCGUAAAUCUGCCGAACUAUCUUCGUCUGUUCUACCUAAAUUCGUCAAGAAACUCGAUUCAAUCGAGAAGAGAGUUGAGAAAAUUGAAACCCGAAAACAACGUGGUGAACAUGAAGAUGAAACGGUUUCGAAGGCCGUAAUUAAAGACUUGGAAGCAUUAGAACCCAACCUCAAGCGGAUAGAGGACGCAUACAGCCGCGUAGCGUCUGCAAGAGGCGUAGAGCUUCGUGGCCAAGGGGCAGACGAAGCUGCCAAGAUGCGGUCGGCGAUCCGUCGCUGGCAACAGCUCAGGGGCAGGGUAGACGCCGCUGGCGCAGACGUCCACAGACAGUUCGUGGCGGCACACGGAAAAGCAGUCGUCGCGUUGGCCGAAGUCGACGUCAGACUGACCAGAGCUCUGCAUCUUGCUCCCACUCCCUUGGACAAAGAGGCCACCUUAAAAGAGCUAGAGUUGGUUGAAAAAGAACUGGCUGAAUGUCAAGCAUUAGUGGAUGACGCCGAUCGCUUGGCUGCUAAAGUCUCGACAGCGCAAGGCGUUUCUGAAAUGGUCGCAGAGUACCGCGCCUUAUAUGCGGAUGUCAGGUUGCGACUGGACCUGGCCAGAGCAGAGGUCGUCGGCGACGUGGACACCGCCGUUCAAGUUGACACUUUAAAAUGGGAGACGGACGCAGCCCUACAAGUAGACACCCUCACCUCGAAGGAGACGUACCGAGCUGAACUGGCGUCGGCCGUGAGGGACACCUCGGAGGCGCUCGAAGUGCUGGAACUCGCGUUGCAGCAGCAGCUCAAAGACAACGCUGGAAGCGACGAACUGGCCGCGGCCGCAAAAGAAAUCGCCAAAGCCGGAGCCAAGCCCGGACAGACCUUAGAGCUGGCCAAGCACCUCUCGGAGCUGCUGCUGACCGAGUGCGACGCGACUGAGGACGAAGCCAUGAUGAAGGAAGUUGAGUCUCUCUCGUUGCGGUACGAAGACCUGUUGACGCAAGCCAAGAAGAGGGAGCUCCAAAUCAACAACCUGAGGUUGCCCCACUCCGCGUCAUACGCGCUCACGUGCGAACACGAGUCUGGUAGGCUGACCUGCCCACUGUGCUCGGAGAGGAACUGGAAACAGCUGGACAAUGACCUUUGGCGGCUGGAGCAGUGGCUGCAGUUCGCCGAAGCCACGGAAGCUUCCAGAACCGAGCCGCCCGAACAAUACGACUUACUCGAAGACGCUAUACAGGACCACCGCGAGUUCCUGCUGGACCUGGACUCGCACAAGUCGAUCGUGGUGUCGUUGAACGUGGUCGGCGGGCACGUGGCGGCGCAUGCGCACGACGCUCGUGACGCGGCGCGCGUGCGGGCCCGCCUGGCCGCCGCCAACGCGCGCUGGGACCGCGCAUGCGCACUCGCCGCCGACCGACAGAAGCUGCUGCAGCACGCGCUCGUGCACAACAGACAGUUCCACGAUAUCGUGGUCGAGUUAGUGGCGCAGCUGGCAGCGGCAGAACGCGGCGUGCGCGGCAGAGAGCCGCUGCGCUUGUCGCGUCCGGCGGACGAGCUGCAGCGCGACUUCAGACGCUUCAGUGAGCUGCGCGACGAGCUGCAGCGCGCCGAGCCGCGGGUGCACGCGCUGCACGACGCCGCACAGUUGCUGCGGACCGAGGACGCUCCCCCGCACUCGGACGACAUCUGCCGCAGGCUAGCGGAACUCCGGCUGCGCCUGCAGUCCCUGCGCAAGUUGUCCGGUGUGUACGCGCUGAAGCUCGGCGCGGCACUGGCCCGGCGGCCCGCGCGCCCCGCCCCCGCCCCCGCCUCCGCCGCGCUCGCCGCCGCCGCCCUCGCCGCCGCGCCACAGCUAAUGGAAGAGGAAGACGAGGAACUAUCCACCAUGACCCUGCCUCCGUUCGACGAGAAUGAGGCGGAAGCCGAUGAGCCGGCGAGCGAGGAGGAGACGCUGAGUGGCAUGCAGCGCGGGCUGCGCUUCGUGUGCCGCGUGGCGCGUGCCUCCUUGCCCUUCCAAGCGCUCUUGCUGCUCGUGCUGGGCGCCGCCGCGCUGGCCCCGCACGCGCGCACCGAGUGCCGGGGCGGACUCGACCCCGUACUGCCCGUGCUGCGAUACCCGCACGGGCCACCGCCGCUCUGAUCUACUCCACACUGACAACACAACACGCACAAAACGCAACACCCUGUUUUGUGUACACUGCGCGUUGUACGACGCAUACCUUGUGUCGUACAAUCCCGCUGAAAGCACAUUCUUGAAUUAAACCUACUUCACACUACUACUACGGUGAAGCUUUUAUGAAAAUUUUAUUCAGAACGACCCAACCACGAUCCGCCCUCUCAUUUCCCACUGGAUCGAGGUCGUGUUGUUUUUGAACGUCGUAAUGACGUCACCUUCCCUCUAGGGUGACGUCACGAAGCCGCCAUGCAGGCGACCGGCCCGCACGCCGGCGGUCGCCGCUCUGUGACAUUCCAUUAGUCGACGGCGCGAGCCCGAGCUGAGCGCCCGUGUCGCCUUGUACAUAACGAUUUUGUAUAUUUGUUACGAUUGAAUAUUUGACACGGAAUAUAUUGAUGGGAGUUUUGGCGACGACGGGCGCCGACGAGCCGCGCCAACCGAACCGACAUGAGUUAACGAGAUAUAUAACAUUAUUAUUAUUAUUAUUAUAUUAAAUAUUUAUUUAUAUUUAUGUAACGAGCCCGUGUGUAAGCGAAGCACAAAAUAUAAAAUGAAACGGCUUUAGGUAAACACGCAUUGUUACUUAAUAGAUUCUAAGGACUGUUUGUAAAAGUCAAUAAUAAAGCCUACGCAUUGAUUAUAUA